AUGUCUCAUAAAUGGCACGAGGAUUCGACUCGGCAUAAUGUCCAAGCCAACUCAGAUUAUUCUGAAGUAUCGGACGUGCAUCGAUCUUUGACAGGGUUUAGUGGUGGAGGUGGCGUGCAACAACAUGCAAUUGCCAGUCCUCGGACGUCCAAGAAACGCAGUUUUCUGCAGUCGUUUAACAAGGGGCCACAGAGGAAAGGUACGAUAAUCACAAGGCCGUUAAAUCACGACGCAAUGCCGGAGGAGUCGUUCGAGGUAAGGGUCACUGCGGCUAACACGCCGCUGACAAUGAUACAGUCAAAGAGCUCCAAUUCUCUAAUUACAUUUUGAGAUUUUUAUAAAUGUGACGUUUUCCCUAAAAUUUAGUUAGGGUGUAAAGCUAUUCGAAGACCUUGUCUGAUACGAAGAUUUUUUAUUUUUGCUUGAUAUUGUUAUUAAGUGUACCCUAUGAUCUGUUUACAUGCAACUGUUCACUUUCAGGUCUUCAGGUUCGAGUCUUUUGAUUAAACGUGUGCUGGUUUUUAUGUCUUAAUUAAUCAUUCCGUAUUCGAAACUUUUGUAAUCAUUACAAUUUACACCUUUUUAUCAACGUUUAUAUGUUCAUCAGGACAAAGCAGUUUUUUUACCUCUAAUAAUUGCGUAAAAAGCGUCACUCAUCGAGUAACUUUUGCCGGACAUUCACCCACUGUUGCAGCUUAAUUGAAUCACAAAAGACUGAGUUGUUUCAAGAAUAAAUAGACAUUAAGUGCCUUGCAAAAUGUUCAAGAUCUUUCUAAAAAAAUACAAAUCGCCUCAAGCCUUGCCUCAAGAUGUUUUGCUUUGUUACAGAUGAAUUUUAAUGACCUCAUUUGGAAUCCCUCCAAAAAUCAAAUGAGCCAUUAUUGUAUAUGAUUUGGCAUAUUGCUCUGUUGUCUACAUACAUGUAUUUGGCCAAAUAGGUGCAAUAUUCUUUACAGGAAUGAUAAAAAUUCCUUGAGGACAUUUAACUUCUCUGUGUUUGCGGCAAAUGAUCCUGAGGUCAAUUCUGUCCGCAUGGGAAGAAAAACACAUAAAUGUUGUGUUAGUUAUCAGCUGAUUGAUGGGCAUUGUUGGCCCAGUGACACAGUACCGUAUUGUAUUCCACUCAAAUUUACACUUUUUGCAGGAGGCUAAGGAAGGUGAUGCUGAAAGAAUAAGGAUCAUGAAAAUGGUGAAGGUAUGGUAUGGUAAUGAUUUUUCAAGGCCACACAAGAAAUUUGUUUUUUUUUUGGCAUCAUCUUGAAAGCUGUUGCUAUAAUCAGUUAUUUUUUUACAAAGCAAAGAAAACUUUUAACUGAAGUUUUGACAUAUUUUAUGACAUCAAACAGAAAAAUUCAAGGUAGUUUAAAUUUCACUAUAUAGUGACAGUGACUUUUUUGCAUAUUUAUUGUUUUAAAAUCUUAAGAUCAGACUCUAGUUUUGUUUCAGUUGGUAAAAAGGCAAAAUGAAAACUAUGACCAUUUAAGCGGUUUGUAUUUAAGGUGAAAUUCAGCCAAAAAGAAAAACUUUUAAACCUAAAGGAGAAGAAUCAAACCUUAGCAAGAAACAGAAACUAGAGACCUUUUGUCUUUUAAACUCGUUAAGUUUAAUAUUGUUCUUACAUUUUCAAGGAAGGACUAUUGUCUGUUGAAGAGGCUAUGGAACAAGCCAAAACUCUAGGAGUAAUGGCCUCUACUGAGCCUGUUGGUGACGAAAACAGUGAAGAAAAGAUCUUUAACUUUGGAGUUUAUAAAUAUGGCAGAGACAAAACAAGUCUUUCUAGAAGAAUUUUACAGGUACAUCUUUUAACCCCAACACCAACACACAUACAUGUAGGGUGAAUUUGACUGAGAAAUUAUUGACUUUCUGAUUUUGGGUCUUCCAAAUUGAAUCCUAAAUCCAAAACAAAUUUUGGGGUGAGGGUUUGUUACUUGAAGUUCAUGUGGACAAUAAGGAUUACUGUUUGGUAAAAUCUGUUUUGGAUUUAUUUUUCAAUAUGCCCCCAUAAUCACCACACUGCUCUCUAAAAUAAUUUGUCUUGUAAAUUGGCAGUAGUGGAAAUUAGAAUUUGAAUAAGAGAUACAAAAUGAAAUUAUGCAAAUUUUCAUAAGCAGGUUUUAAAAGUUUUUUUAAAAAUAUUUCUCUGUAUUUCUUGGAAAAAGAAUACAAAUAAAUGACACAGAAUUUGUUUCCUUUUAGUUUGACUUUCAGGAGAAAGUUCUCUGCAUAAUCCAAAAAGGAAACAGAAACAAAAAGUUUGCAUUUACAGACCUGCGAGGUUUUGACAGUGAGGUAAGUGUUGGCCUGUGAAGAGUCCUCUGGUGUGAUAGUUACACAGGCAUGUCCCUCGCAAGAGGGUACAGUUUUGAUUUUGAAGUAUUUUGGGACAAAAGGGGUGUGUGCGUGUGCGUAAGGCAUGGAGGGGAGGCGGGGGGGGGGGGUGCAGAGGGAGUGAAGUGGUAGGUAUGGAUUUGUAUGCAUCACCUGAACGGAGGAUGUCAUUUAUCUUUCUUCUUCUCAGUUGACUUUCAGUAAACAUAACUAUAAAGGUUACCUUUCUGUGGUGUCUCUUGAUUAACAUCCAAGCUCUUCAUCUGUUUCAAUAUCCCUUCACAAAAGGCAGGGCCUAUGAGAAAUCAGUGAGAAAAUCAAAAUUUCCAGUUGGAAAAUCAAAUGAUUUGCACCAUUCAAUUUGGGAAGCCUCAGAAAAUAUAGCCUGUGAUUUGAGGCGAUGAAAAAUUUCUACUCUUUCAAGCCUGUUGAUUUUGUAGUGGGUUGUUCUCCCACCGAGUCAAAAUUUGUAGUUUUAUGUUUAUGAACAAGAUUUCCACCUGGGUGGUUUGUGUACAUGUAAAUAGUAAAUACCCAGUAUCUCACUACAGGACUGGUAUAAAUUUCUUAAUUUGGUUUGAAUUUUAGGAUGGUGUACGGUUUUACAUUUACUUUGAUAGCGACUACGAACUUGAUGCUGACAGUGUGGAAGAGAAAAAUAAGGUCAGUAUAUUGGGACUUCAUUUCACUUCUACCACACCUGUGGUGCACUUGAUUUGUCAAUGUAAAAAUCACUGGGUCACCGUUCUCGUUAGACAAACCAGAAAAGUUGUUGGAUGUACAUUACGUUGACUCUUAAUUUUUUUGAUAUCUGUGCAAAUCUUCAGCUACAAAUGUCUCUAGUGUUUGAUCCAUCCAGUGUUUGUGUCUAACUGUAGUUAGGAGUUCAUUGGCAUGAGCACUUUUUAGUUGAAUAUUGUCUGAUGACUGACAGUUAUUUGUAGGCCUGCCGUGUUGUGGCCAUUGAAUAUUUCUGUUUUUUGUUAAAAUCCCAAAAAGUAAAUCGUGGCUUGGAACCAUUUUGUGAGAGAGACAGGAGAGAGGUUCUUAUGUCUGGUAACAUCUUCAUCUAUUGAUUGAAAGUGUAGAGUGAUAAGUAAAUUUAUCAGUAAUUUUGCCAGAAUUAAUUUGGUCUUGGACGGAGAGGGUUAAUAUUUGCCUGGACGUAGAAACAAUAAAGAUUAAUAAGGAAUUAUCUUCUUUCUUUCUGAUUAAUGAAUGUUUCCAAUAAACUUAAACUGCUUAGUUCUUGUUAGGCAGUAUUAAAUUAAUAUUGUUCUGUGUUGCUCUGAGCUAAACAGUUUUUUUCAUUUUUGAUAACAGAUUUGUCAUUUGCUGGAAUCCAUUGUACAGCAGAACCAAGGAGAUCAACCAGAUGGUAAGCCCAUUUCUUUCCCCAGCAGUUCAAAAUGGCACAUAAUAAUAAUGCUAGUAAUAAUAAUAAUGAUAAUAUUAAGUUAUUAUUACCAAAAACAGUUUUAUUGUUAAUUUUCAGAUUUUAGAAGCACUAUAAAACUUAUAAAAAUCCAAACGAGGUCCCAGUGGAUGUCUAAUAUAGUAAUAAUAGAAAUAGUUGUUAAUAACAAUAAUAUUAGUAAUAAUAACAACAACAAUAAUAAUACAGUUGACUCCUGGUAACUCAAACCUUCUGGGUAAAUAAAAAGUUUGAGUUAUCAGGAGUUAGAGUUAUGGGGAGUCCAAAGCGCAUACAAUGUUGCCAGAAAUAAGGAAAUAAUGAAGGGAAAGGAAUACAACUAUCAUGUACACUUCUCUUCAAGGGCAGCAAGAUAUAUAUUAUUGAUAUUUUGUAAAAGGAAUUAAAGCAACAAAGCUUGAAAAAUAUACAGGGCUGGACACUGUAUGUAAACUUGACUGACAAGAAAGUAGAGACAAAGACUACAGUAGCGAGGGUUUGAGGUAUUGGGAGUUGACUACAAAAAAUGAUAAUAACUAUAAUAAUAGUGAAAAAUGUCUCAUUAUAUCAAAUUGUUUGGCUAAGGGGGUUGUUAGUGGUAGCCUAAUCUUGGUUGAUUCCAUGUUUUAGGAGAAUUUGUUGCACCAUCACUUGACACUGCGAGGAUCAUCAAAGAAGGGCAAAUUGAGAAGAAAGGCCAUAGUGCAGCAUUUAUGAUGUGGCCAAGGUAAUUGAAAAAAAUCUGGAAAGUACUGUUAUAGUUAAAAGUUUGUCAAAAGUACAGGGCUGACUGUCAUUAUGGUUUUAAGUAGCUCAUCUCUAAGGAAAAGUAGACCUGUGUAUGUUUCUUAAAUUUGACUCAUUUUCAAACUUAGAGUAUCUGGCUGGUUUUACUACAGUAGCGGGUUUAAAAAGCUGGUUGCUGGCUUCUGGCUAUUAAUGAGAGCCCUGAAAGUGUGAAAUACAAUGCUGGUUAGUCCAGGGAUGAGUAAUCCUGGACAAUAAUAAUAAUGUGGGGGUAUUUACCAUAAUUCUUGCAAGCUUUCCCCUUUUUUCAGACCAAAAGAUGUGAUUUUCCGUACCCUAUUUAACACCUGACCAAAAGUUGAUACCCUGGUAGUCUCAGACUAGUACAUUUUCUUGUUGGGUAAGUAACCUUACUUGCCCGAUGGGCAUUAAGCCAAGCCCUCUAGGUUGCUCUGGCGGCGGGGUGUGAAAUGGAGGAGGGCUUGCAACUACGUCUCUGGAAUUUGAAUUCUGCCUACAAUUCUCCUGUGGCUUCCCAUCAACUGAGCUGUCAGAUUUCCACCAAUCAGUGGGAAGCAGAGCCUGCAAACUGCAGAUGUAUUUCCGGUCGUUGCUUCACUCCCUCUGAAAAAAGGAUGCAACUAAUUUGCGAUUUCCUUUGUUUAUGAAGAUGUCCUGUCUCCAAUCUGCAUGAUCUCAUUCUGUUCCUUGGUCUCUGAUCUCUUGGGUGGGGUCAUUCUCUAGCAGUGCGUUGGCAAGUUUAAAUGGACUUGCAUCUUGGUACACAUCUCUGCCAUCGGUUAUUCUCCUUGUACACUGUACAAUGGCGCUAUGCUUGAACCGUCCACCAAGGUUACAAUGUACAAUGCUGGCUCAAAGGCUUUUGACCAUUUGUUUGUCUUCUUUCGUUUCAUUAGUACAUGAUCUCCAAUGAUUAAGGUGUGCUCCUUAGUGUUCUUAUCUUAAGCAUUCAAUUUGAUCUUUUGGUUGUUUGUAUUGUGCAUCUCGCUUGGUUCUUACUUGUCUGUUCAUGAGGGCUUUGUAAAGGGUUACUCCUGUUGCUGGAUGUGGAGUGGAGCGAUAGCCUGCCAACAUUUCUUGGGUAGCGGUGUUGCUAUUUUGUCCUUGAAGAUGGGUGAUCUGCUCACUCCUAUUGAACACACUUCAUGAAACUUUCAGCUUCUCCAUUGGUACAUGCAUGUUUUGGGGUGACACAGUGGUUAUGGAAUCCCUCUGUGAUGGCAAACUCAGCAAAUUCGUUAGAGUUAAAAGGAGGUGCAUUGUCACUUUCUAGUUGGAGCCUUGGUGUUCCAUGUGUUGCAAACAUGGUUUUGAGCUUCUCCAUUGUAGGUUGUGCUGUUGAGUGUGUUUUUGCUACUUCUGGGUAUCUUGUCCUUUUGUCUACAGCUACCAUGUUGUACUGUACAUCAGGGUAAGGCCCCUAAAAGUCUACAGCUUUGAUGUCCCAUAGUUUCUUUGGAAUGUCCGUAACUUAACCUGGUUCUUGUUGGUGUUGUUUAGUGGUCAAUUGGUACUCAUAGCACUGGCCAAUGAUUUGGUUUACCAUUCUGUUCAUUGAGGGUAACCAAUACGUCUCUCUCAGCAUUUGUUUUAUUUUGGUCGUUCCAAGAUGUCCCAGAUGAUGAACUGCUAUGAUCACCUUUCUCUGGAGGCUUGUGGGUGUAAUGAUCCUGUUUGCUCAGAAAAUCCGGUCGUCUACCACAAAGAGCUUGGUCUUAGGUUUCCCAAUGGCGUGCUGGCAAUUUUUCUUGGAUCUGGGUCCAGUAAGAGAUGGUGGUAACCCUGCUUCAUGUCUAACUUGGACUGGAGAAGAUGACAUAAUCAUGCAACUUGUACAUAAAGUCCUCUACCACAGUUCCUUGGGUUAUCCUGUGCCUCUUUAUGUACUGGUUGGGUACUCUGAGGUCCAUAGGCUGGCUCUUAACAUGUGUGGCUCUAGGUUUUCCUUAGCUAUCUCACAGAGCUGGGGCUUUGACUGAAGUACGAGAAGAGAAUGUUCACCACGUUACUGGUUCUCUUUCAGGUAGUUCUUCAGAAAUCUCUUCCUCAAUACACUACACCAACCAUUUCUUGAGCGGUUCUUAUAGAUAAUAAGCAACUGGUCUAGGUUUCUGAGCAACAGCUACCAUCUCUAGCUUCAUGCUGAACUUGGCAUAGAAAUUCACCAGUCGGAUUUCGGUGACUUUUGUUAAGUUGCGCUAUUUCUUUCCGGCCAUAAAUGAGAAGUGGUUCUGUUAUUUGUAAAAAAGCAGAAUUCUCCCUCCAUUUCCUCCAACCAUUCUUCCCAUGCUUUUCUUGUUGUCAGUUGGUCGUCCCCCUUGUAAAAAUGGUUUUGCUUUUAGGUUUUUGUUCUCUGUGAUAAUUCUAACAAGCUCUGUGGCCACCGCCACUUUAUUCUGCUCUGUGUCUGGCAUCGCUGUUUGUAAGUUUUGGCUCAGGUUAACAUUGAAGUAUCGCCACAUUUGCUGGGCUAUUGUCUCGCUUUUGUUUGUCACUUUAUCUUUCUGGUGGUGCUUUAUCCUCAUCACCAAUAAUAUGUUCAAAUGCAAGCAUUGAAAUGGUGCCAGAUGCUGUUUCAAAAUUGCUUUAAUAUUAGAAAACAGAAAUUAAACUACAAGUGAUGGCGUGAUCGUGAGCCUUCAGUGCAUGCGCAAGGUGAAAAUCCAGAAUCGAGUAAAAUCAGGAGUCAGAGUACUCCAUCCCUGGGUAUGUAUAUUAUGGUUGCAAAAGGCUAGAAUAAACUAUCUUGUCCAGUAAUGUUUCCUCUCCUCCUAUAUGUAAGAGGCAAGUUUUGAAGCAAUUUUUUGCUAAAUGUUCCUUGUAUUACUGUCACAGUUGCACAGGCCUAUAGACAGUGUAAAUUUUAGAAAGAAUUUUAUGUAGGGAAAUAGACUAAAUCAAAAUGAAAGUUAUGAAUUGACUUAUUAUAUUUUAUCAGACGUUGGUUAAGAGUCCAGCAGGGGGAACUGUCAUAUUUCAAACUUGGAGAAGAAAAUCAGGUAAAGAUAAGUGUGAUUUCCCUCGAUAUCUGUCAGCCACCUACAGUAUCUGUAAAAUGUUGCCGCCCGGUUAGCUCAGUUGGGAGAUUGCCGGUCUACUGAGCGCGAGGCCGUAGGUUCAAACCCGGCCGGACCAACACUCAGGGUCUUUAAAUAACUGAGGAGAAAGUGCUGCCUUUGUAGUAACAUCUGCAAAUGGUUAGACUUUCUAGUCUUCUCGGAUAAGGACGAUAAACUGUAGGCCCCAUCUCACAAGCCCUUGCACAUGUAAUAAAUCUGUGGGACGUUAAAGAACCCACACACUCUUCGUAAAGAGUAGGGCACGUAGUGCCCGGUGUAGUGGUCUAUCUCACUUUCACAUUCAUGUAUGGGGGCAUCAUCACUCAUUCCUUCAGUACUUGUAAACUGCACCUUAAGCAGUCUGGCAAAGUCCCCCAACCAGUGUUGUAAAUUAUCCCUGAAAAGCCCUGUGGGGAGUGGAUAAUAAGAUAUCUGCAAUGUUGAGCAACAGUUCACAAACAAACAACCAAUGCCUUGGUAAUAAGGAUACUGGAUGUACAGUAUCACUUUGACCAGCUUUAGAUAAUUUUAAGCCCAAAUAGUAAUCUGAUGAAUAACAAAUUCCUGUACGUACUAACUCAGUGCGUGAGUGAACAUACUGUGGCGAUUGAGCUUUGAACUAAAUGUACCCAGGAUCAGAGUGCCUUAAAAGAGGUUAUGCUUGCUAGAAAAACAGGCAAAUAAAAUAUAUUGACAAUUCCAUUUCAGUUUUUAUAAUAAUAGUUAAGAAAGUUACUAAAGAUUCUUUGUCUUUUUUGCAGACAGCACUAAACAUUGUCAAACUUGGACCUGGCUUAGCUGAAGUGAAAAGCAUAGAUUAUAAUUCCUUUGUUAUUAUCACAAGCAAAAAGGAAUACAGGUACAGUAAAUAUAAUGUCGGAAAUUUUUUUGUGCAAUAUUAUUUUAUUGGUCACUUUUGCACAAUUUAUAAAAAUUAAUUAUAUAAUAAGACUAUGCAUUGGAAUGGCUUCCAGUGGUUGUAAAGGACAUGCAAUGUGCCAUUAUAUACUCAAUUUAUUGAGAAAAUGUUGUUGCUUGGAAAGUAUGAAUCACUAAUGUUAAGACCUAAUGGAUUUGUGGGGGGAUAAAUAGUUUAUUAGCAUUGGAAGUUCAAUGUUCCCUCUAGAAAAGGUAAAUUGUCACAAGCAUCGUGCACAUGUUUGUUCAAAGCUGGUUUGAGAUAACCCAGGGUUAGUGCGAAUUUUGAACUCAGAUAUGAGAGCUUAAAAGACAAAUUCAGUUUAAUUCUUAAUUUCGAUAAAUUACUUUUACAGUAAAUAGCCAUGUUGUCCAACAUAACUAACAUUUUGUCAAUGUGAAAAAAGUUUAGAGAAUGUUUAGCCAAUCCGCUCAUAAACACAAUCCCCCUGGAGUAGAUUUUUUAUAUAGUCAAUGAGAAUACCCACUGGCUUCUCAUUCGCUGAUUACGCAAAUGAAGUUGUGCUAUUUUUCAGGUUGCUCAUAAUACCCCCUUUUUUUUUCUUGUAAUACCUUCUGUUUGCAAAAUGUUGCAUAACCAUUGUUUCCAGUUUCUCUGGUGAUGACUGUUACCCAGGGAAAUUUGAUCCAUCUUCCAAAAAGGGAACAUUUACUGUCUGAGAACUAGGGCUCAUAUCACUCAGUGGUUUGUGCGAUUUUUCUGCGAGUAGCUUGCAAUUUGUGAUUUGUCAAGUUAAGAACUCAAACCAUCUUUUGAACAUUUUAUUUUUAUGAAAUUCUAGUUGAUGCUUAUUUCUUGCUUUCUAAUUUUUUUCAGCUUUCGUGUCUUGAAUUUGAACAAUGUUGGUGAUAACGCAGUGGAAAAGGAAAGAGAUGCAUGGAUUGAGGUUGAUAGAAUGAAUUCUUGUCAUUUACCAUUUUUUUAAAGAUAUUCGUGAAAUUUUCUUUUAUAUGAAGUUUUUUAAUAUAAUGAUUUGAAUUGGGAUUUAAGAUUGGGAUUUGCAGUGACUCUCUUGUUCUUUGGACUUGUCUUCCCUUUAGGCCAUAACCGAGGCAUCCCAGCUUAAUUUCCGCAAGUCAAGAGCAGUUUCACUGCAUGAUGAACAAGGUAUAUACCAUUGCAAAAUAACUUUGAAUUCGUAAUUGUUUAUACAAGGUGUAAAUGUUCAAGGUCAAUUGUAUCUUGAACUCCUAGGAAAACGUUCCAUUGUGCUGACUUGAAAUUCCCAAAAAUUCUGAAGAAUUCUACUUGUAGAUAAAAAAUGGGUGUAAGAUUCCUAACAGUUCCCACAAAAUCCAAGGUGAAAAAAGGGCUACGUUUUCUAACAAGUCCCAGAAAUUCUAAGAUAUAAAAGGAAUACAGCCAACAGGAAUAGAGCCAACAGUUGAUGCCACAUGGAGUUCCCCAAGGACCUUGGGAGAAGUUGCCCAUCGAUUUCUUUGAAUUGUGUGGUUUGGAUUUAAACAUCCUAGUUUUUGUAGGAUGACAGAGUUAUCCUAUUUUCAAGUGCCACGAGCAGAUUUUUACCCUGCCCUGACUGUUAUCAGAAGUGCCAAGACUGGGUUGAGGAAUGCAAGCUCUUUCUAUGACCCUUCAGCGUCAAAAUCAAAGGAGAUCAAAGCAAGUUAUGUGUUAAUUUGGGCUGGAAAAGUCAGAAGAACACACAUAAAGUCGCUAAAUCUUUCAGCGGGGCAGAAGAAAGAUCCGCAAAUUCUCUUACAGAAGUUCCUAGAUUGGACAAAGCCAAAGUCAGCAGCUGACUUUCGCUAACUUUUUUUAAAGGGGGGAGAUGCGAAAUUAUCACUUUUCAUUGUCUAACUUUCAUCAGGCCAUCCAUUUAUGACAGCUUGCAUCAGUAGACCAGAAAUCAUGUCAUCUGCAGUUGUAUUUUGGAAGUCUGCUAUACUUUCUGUAUCGGCAUGGAUUUCUUCAGUAAACAUAUGUACAGGGAUGACGUCUCUGUCUACCUUGCUUUCAUGUACUGGCUGAGGUGAAACUCUGGAAAGUGCAUUGGCUAUGACGUUCUCCUUCCCCUUCAGGUAUUCAAUGUACGAACAGUCACUGUAUAGCCAUACAAGUAGUGAUGAAAUCUUUCAAGGGCAAAGACAACACUCAACAGCUCUCUCUCUCUCUCUUUGAAUACCGUUGCUCUGUCUCAGUGAGGCUUCUUGAUGCAUAGACAACUGGUUUGCCAUCUUGAAACAAAACUGCACCUAAGCCUUUCUUGGAUGCAUCUGACUGGACGGCACUUGUCUUUCAUGUAUCAAAAUAUGCACGUACUGGUGCCAUUGUGAUUUCUUUCUUGAUUGGUUCAAAUGCUUCUUGUUGUGAUCUCACCUAUGCGAAAACAACACCUUUAUGGCGCAGUGCUCUUAGUGGGGCUGUCAAAUCUGCUAUCUUUGGGCGAAAAUGAUUGAGAUGGUUCACUAAACCAAGAUAGCUUGUACCUUCUGAGGAUCUAUCUUAUACCUAUGUGGAGUGAGAUUACCACCAAAGAACGGACAGUCAAGUCUUGAAGACAAACUUCUCAUCAUUGGAAGUGAGAUAAUUAGCUCUUGUUGUCUCCAACAACAGUGUAAUCACAACUGCAUCGUGAGGGAUUUCUGCAUUGCCAUGGCACAGGAUAUCGUCUGCAGUACCGGUAGUACUGGGAACUCUCUUUAGGACUCUGUCAAGUCUUUCUUGAAACGCAUCACCUUUCACGGUUAACCCAAAAGGUAGGCAUAGCCAACGCCAAACGGUUCUUGCCCUAUUGUGUGUUGAAGGUCAUCAGCAAACUACUCUCCUUGUCCAGUGGAAUGUGCCAGAGUAGGUGGACUAGGCUGAAGUACUUUGAGUUUGCCAGCUCUUGUAAGACAUCAUCAAUCUUUCUGUUGUACCACCGGUUGCUCUUUAUAUCUUUAUUUAGAUCUUUAGGAUCAAGGCAAAACCUCAAGGAACUGCCAGGUUUCUUCAAAGGAACAAUAAUUAUUGAAUUGAUCCAUUCAGUGUACUCUAGGACCUCUUUAAUUACUCCAAGUUCUACCAGCCUCUUCAACUCUGCUUUGCUCACUGCUACCUGACAAGGAGGAUGUUGGACAGGUUUGUAAUCUUCCUUUGACUGAAUAUCAGUCAUAAGAUCCACCAGGCAAAGUUCCUGUUCCUUUAAACUUGUCAGAGUAUUCCUUCAUCAAGUACUCUUUGGUUGUAGGUAACAGAUGUGUCUUCCCUCCGAUGGUUAUCUUCUUGUCUGUAUAUUCUUGUCCCACUGGAAUAACUGGUUCUGCGGGGGGGUUUCACAGGCUUGUUAGUAAUGGUUUUUGUAGACGUAUCCACUUUGGCCUUGACCGGUUGCUGCUGGAUCUCUGGGAAACUAACAUAUAUAUGCCAUUAGCAUUAUUGCUGCCUGCCCAGGAUCAUGUGACUUUUGCUGUCUGCCAUUUCACAUGAGACUUUGUAUGUUUUCUUGCCAUGAUGAAGGUACACAGAACAGCAAAACAUGGAGUUGAUGGACUACUAAUUGGGUAAGAUCGCCUUUGAACUCUGGUUACAUAAUAACCAACCUGACUAGCCGUGGUGUCUUCAUUUUGAGCAAUUGCUGUUGCCUCUUCUUAAGUUAAAGCUGAGCCUUUCUCAGUGCAUUUAAAGUAAGCCUCUCGGAAACGUAGACAGAUGACCAUUGUAUCUCGGAAUAGUCUGUCACGGGCUUCAGGAUAUUCACACUGGUCGCAAAGAACAGUUAGCUGCUUUGUCAAUAUACUCUGCGAGACUUAAAUCACCUUUUUCCAGCAGCAAAAGUUAGAUGCUGCUGCUGCAAGAGCAUUUAGAGUUCGGCUUGGUCCUAUCUAGGAACUUCUGUUAGAGAAUUUUCGGAUCUUUCUUCUGCUCUGCUGAAAGAUUUAAAGACUUUAUGUCUGUUCUUCCGACUUUUCCAGCCCCAAAUUAAGACAUAACUUGUUUUGAUCUCUUUUGAUUUCGACCCUAAAGGACCAUUAAGCAAGAGCUCGCAUUCCUCAACCUAGUCUUGGCACUUAUGCUAACAGUCGGGGCAGGGUAAAAAUCUGCUUGCGGCGCUAAAAAAAACAAGGAUGUUUAAAUCUAAACCACAGAAUUCGAUGAAAGCGGUGGAACAGAAAUGGAAUCUAGCCUAAACUCUGAAAUAUUUUAAUGCAUUGAUUGAAAAGAUUAAACUGCCUUUAUAAGUAAAGCUACUAAAUUUACAUAGAUGAAACACACAUUACUGUUCUAAACAAAAGAUACGAAAAUAGAGGUUAUGUAACUGGUUGCAUAACUCUAGUCUAGUAGUAAAUUCCAAGGUAAAAAGGGUCUAAGAUUCCUAACAAUUUCCAGAAAAAUUUCAAGGUAAAAAGAGUCUAAGAUUCCUAACAAUUCCCAGAAAUUCCGAGGUUAAAAGGGUCUACGAUUCCUAUCAGUUCUCAGAAAUUCUAAGGUGAAAAGUGUCUAAGAUUCUUAACAAUUCCCAGAAAUUCCCAAAAAUUCUAAGGUGACAAGGGUCUAAGGUUCCUUAAUUCCCAGAAAUUCUAUGGUAGAAAAGUGUAAGAUGCUUAUUGAUUCCCAGAAAUUCUAGGAAAGGGUCUAAAAUUCCUAACAAUUCCCAGGAAUUCCCAGAAAUUCCAAGGUAAAAAUGGUCUACGAUUCCAUAAGUCCCAGAAAUUCCAAGAAAUUCCAAAGUAAAAAGAGUCUAAGAUUGCUAACAAUUCCCAAAAAUGCCCAAAAAUUCCAAUGUAAAACGUGUCUGAGAUUUCAAACAAUUCCCAUACAUUCUCAGAAAUUCCAAGGUUAAAAGGGUCGAAGGUUUCUAUCAAUUCCCAGAAAUUCUGAGAAAUUCAAAGGUAAAAAGAGUCUAAGAUUCCUAAGAAUUCCCAGAAAUUCCCAAAAAUUCUAUGGUAAAAAGGGUCUAAGAUUCCUAACAAUUCCCAGAUAUUCCAAGGUUAAAAGGGUCUACGAUUCCUAUCAAUUCCCAGAAAUUCCCAAAAAUUCCAAGGUAAAAAGUGUCUAAGAUUCCUACAAUUCCCAGAAAUUGCAAGGUUAAAAGAGUCUACGAUUCCUAUCAAUUCCCAGAAAUUCUCAGAAAUUCCAAGGUAAAAACAGUCUAAGAUUCCUAACAAUUCCCAGAAAUUCCCAGAAAUUCCAAAGUUAAAAGGGUCUACGAUUCCUAUCAAUUCCCAAAAAUUCCCAGAAAUUCCGAGGUUAAAAGGGUCUACGAUUCCUAUCAAUUCCCAGAAAUUCCCAGAAAUUCCCAAGUUAAAAGGGUGUACGAUUCCUAUCAAUUCCCAAAAAUUCCCAGAAAUUCCAAGGUUAAAAGGGUGUACGAUUCCUAUCAAUUCCCAGAAAUUCCAAAGUUAAGAGGGAUCUACGAUUCCUAUCAAUUCCCAGAAAUUCCCAAAAAUUCCGAGGUAAAAAGGGUCUAAGAUUCCUAACAAUUCCCAGAAAUUGCAAGGUUAAAAGAGUCUACGAUUCCUAUCAAUUCCCAGAAAUUCUCAGUAAUUCCAAGGUAAAAAGGGUCUAAGAUUUCUAGUAAUUACCAGAAAUUCCCAAAAAUUGGAAGGUGAAAAGUACCUUAGAGUCCCAAGAAUUCCCAGAAAUUCCCAAAAAUUCUAAGGUGAAAAGGGUCUAAGAUUCCUAACAAUUCCCAGAAAUUCCCAGAAAUUGCAAGGUAAAAAGAGUAUAAGAUUCCCAACAAUUCCCAAAAAUUCCCAAAAAUUCCAAGGUUAAAAGGGUCUAAGAUUCCUAAUAAUUCCCAGAAAUUCCCAGAAUUUCCAAGGUUAAAAGGGUCUAAGAUUCCUAUCAAUUCCCAGAAAUUCCCAAAAAUUCCAGGGUAAAAAAGGGUCUAAGAUUUCUAACAAUUCCCAGAAAUUCCCAAAAAUUCCAAGGUAAAAAGAGUCUAAGAUUCCUAACAAUUCCCAGAAAUUCCCAAAAAUUCCAAGGUAAAAAGAGUCUAAGAUUCCCAAUAAUUCCCAAAAAUCGCAAGGUUAAAAGGGUCUACGAUUCCUAUCAAUUCCUAGAAAUUCUCAGAAAUUCCAAGGUAAAAGGGGUCUAAGAUUUCUAUUAAUUACCAGAAAUUCCCAGAAAUUCCAAGGUAAAAAUAGGCUACGAUUUCUAUCAAUUCCCAGGAAUUCCCAGAAAUUCCAAGGUAAAAAGGGUCUAAGAUUCCCAACAAUUCCCAAAAAUUCCCAAAAAUUCCAAGGUUAAAAGGGUCUAAGAUUCCUAAUAAUUCCCAGAAAUUCCCAGAAUUUCCAAGGUUAAAAGGGUCUAAGAUUCCUAUCAAAUCCCAGAAAUUCCCAAAAAUUCCAGGGUAAAAAAGGAUCUAAGAUUUCUAACAAUUCCCAGUAAUUCCCAAAAAUUCCAAGGUAAAAAGAGUCUAAGAUUCCUAACAAUUCCCAGAAAUUCCCAAAAAUUCCAAGGUAAAAAGAGUCUAAGAUUCCCAAUAAUUCCCAAAAAUCGCAAGGUUAAAAGGGUCUACGAUUCCUAUCAAUUCCUAGAAAUUCUCAGAAAUUCCAAGGUAAAAGGGGUCUAAGAUUUCUAUUAAUUACCAGAAAUUCCCAGAAAUUGCAAGGUUAAAAGGGUCUACGAUUCCUAGAAAUUCUCAGAAAUUCCAAGGUAAAAGGGGUCUAAGAUUUCUAUUAAUUACCAGAAAUUCCCAGAAAUUCCAAGGUAAAAAUAGGCUACGAUUUCUAUCAAUUCCCAGGAAUUCCCAGAAAUUCCAAGGAAAAAAGGGUCUAAGAUUCCCAGAUAUUCCCAAAAAUUUUAAGGUAAAAAGAGUCUAAGAUUCCUAUCAAUUUGCAGAAAUUCCCUGAAAUUCCAAGGUUACAAGGGUCUAAGAUUCCCAACAAUUCCCAGGAAUUCCCAGAAAUUCCAAGGUGAAAAGGGUCUAAGAUUUCUGAUAAUUCCCAGAAACUCCUAGGUAAAAAGUGUCGAAGAUUCCUAUCAAUUCCCAGCAGAUUGACCGAGAUACUUGAAUUUGUUAACGUUGUGCAGUUGAUCAUCAUUAUUUAUUUAUUUUAGUUUGUAAUCUAUUAGUUAGAUGACUUUAUUUUUUGGCAGGUCCACAUCAGCCUUUGGCUGCCCUCAUAUGUAGACUAACCUGCGUUAUCAAAUAAAGGAUUGAUUGACUGAUGGAUUGAUUGAUUGAUUGGCUGGUUGAUAUUAACCGCAAGAGCUAUGUCAUUAAAUUGACUCAGUUUGUUACGGCCUCCAGUGAUCGUAAACUUCGACUUAACCAAGAUGUAAUUGCUGAUAAGUCCGGAUUGAGCUUUGAUUGCAAAUUAGUUGGCGAGUCCUCAUGACAAUAUAAUGCCUGGUCAUCAGCAAACAUGGUCAUCUUUGCGUUUUGCAGUACAGAUUGAAUGCCAUUUUACACUUAGAAUAACAAUGGUCUCAGUAUUCUGCCCUGCGGUACUGCCAUGGUGAUUUUUAGUGGGGAAGACAAUACAUUAUCACACAUCUUUUGUUGAACUCGGCCAGAGAGAUAUGAGCGGCGCCAUUCCAGAUUUUUCCCUGCCACUCCUAGAGAGUUGAGCUUGUUGAUGGGGAGCAGAUAAUCAACGGUGUCAAAUGCUGUGGGAAGGUCUAGGAAUACUGUUCCCGUCAAGCAUCCUUUGUCCAUAGUUUCUAGGGAUUGAUUUGUGAAGGCGAUUAAGGCAGUGGAAGUUGAACGCUUCAGUUGGAAGUCAAUCUGUGAUUCUGACAAUAGUCUGUUUUCUUCCAACUUGACUGAAUAUGUGCUGAUCUCUCUUUGAUCUUGCCUAUGGUUGGUAAGAUUGAUAUCGGUUGAUGAUUGUCUUUCAAUGACUUAUAUCCAUCUUUAAAUAAUGCAGUGACUUGACGUCAGAAGCGUCCUUCAACAAGCGGGCACUUCGCUUAUCAAGUCCAACAGCUUUGGUUUCUUAAAGAUCUGAGGGCAUUACGGACAAAGUUCACAGUAACAUUCAGAUGGAAUUUAAAAGAAGGGGUGCUGGAAUUAGAAACAGUCAAAAUGUGUUGAAAUGGUUUUGCCAAUGCUUUCCCAGUUGACACAAAGUACUGGUUUAUGGUCUGGCGACAGAGAGAUUUUUUAGUGUGCCACUUCCCAUUUUUAAAGAUUGAAAAAAAAAAAACAGUCUAUUUUUUAUCACCAGGAAGUACUUGUUUUAUUGCUCGCCACGUUUUACAGGAAACACCUUUGGCGUCUUCAACCAUCCAACAAAAUUAUUUCGAUCUUAGAUUCUUUUCCUUGUUAUUAGUAGAAUUCCGCAGAUUUCGGUACAUUUUCCUUUGGUAAGUACAAUUGGUGAAGCGUGCUUUCGUGAAGUGAGAGUCUUUGUCACGUUUCAUUUCAGCAAGUGUCGAUGUUAUUUAUGGGGUUAGCACGCUUAAUCUUCAGAAGAGCAUGUUCGUUUGCUAUCUCAGAAAACAAUCGUUCCCACAAGAAAACAGCGUCCCUGACAUUUUCAACUCCGUCAAUAACUGACCAGGGGACUUGACUAAGAUCAUUUACGAAUUCCAUCUUAUUGUCAUUCUUGAAUGACCGAUGUUCAAAUUUCCUUGGUGGAAGUUUUGGGGCGCCUCCUUUCACCACCCAAAUACUAAGCUGUGGUCUCUCAGCGUUGUAUGAAUGAUGCCUGAUUGAACAAUCUUGUGUUCUCUGUUUGUAAAGAGCAGGUCAAUAAGGGUCUUUGAGUAUUCCGUAAUUCUUGUUAGCUCAUUUAUGAGCUGUUUCAUGUCAUUUUCACUGGCAAACGACUUCGGCGAUCUGCUUGCGGAACGUUUCCCGAGUUGGUCGAUGUUUGAGUCACCCAUUAGUAUUGAACCGUUCUUUUCAAGGUCAGACUUUGCAAAAGAGUCUCUUAGAGAGUCAAUAAAGUUGGCUUUUUUCACGUUUAGGGGUUUGUAUGUAGCAGCAAUCAAAAGCGGUUUGCACUUUGGCCUGUUAAUUUCAAUCCAUAACAACUUCUCAUUAUUUGCUGCUAAGUCAUUCUUAACAGUCAAUGGAAUAUUUUCCCUUACAUAAAGCAAAACUGUACCUCCUUGUUUGGAUAUCUACAGGAAUGUAUGUAUGUAAUAUCUACUUCCUUUUAUCCGCAGCACUCACAACUUCUGUAGCAGAACAAGAACAAUUUCUCAAGGACGUUGUCCGCACUCUGCAAAGGGUAUUUUUUAAAUUUUUGUUCUUGCCUAGUCUGUUAUUAGAAUAUUGUCAGGCAGGAUGAAAGAUCAAGUCCAAGGCCUUCUUUCUGCUAGUUUGAAUGUUGUCUUUGUCUGCUUUCAAGUGCACUGUAUGACCAGGGGAAGAUAAGAAAUAGAGUUUUCAUUUUUUUAGGAACACUGGAAGCAAUUGUCACUUUUGCUUUCAGACUUCUCAAACUCAUUAAUAAUUCAUGAUGAAAAUACAAAGGAAAUGAGUGUUUAAUGCGUGUUUGGAAAUCAGAUGAAAAACUGCUCAUUUUUGCGUCCUUAAUUUCUCCUUCUAAAAUCAUUUUGUUUGAGAGGUAAUAUCAAGCAUUCGACACCGUGUUUCACCACCGGAUGAAACACCUCGAAGUUCGUCAAAAAUACUCCGCUGCGCGUCGUAUUUUCAACUCUCUUCUGGUUGCUUCAUCUGGUGAUGAAACAGUCUGCGUCUCAUGCUUGAAUCUUGAUAUAUUUUUUCUUGAGACCUUUCCCCCCGGUAUCUCCAGAAUGGUAAUUUCCCUCGCUUGGUGUUGCUAUGAGAGUGAUCAGAACUAAAUUGAUAUAGGGGCACUUCCGGAAGUGUUAAUUAUAUUCAACUAAUUCGCUAUUUAGGAGUUGGAGCAACUUGCAUCAGUGUUGUCUGUGGUAAAUGCACCUAUACAAGCAACAGUUCAGGUAAAUUUCUUUUUGCUUUGUUUUAUCUAAGUGAUGAUGUAAGCAGUUACAAUCUUUUCAGGAAGGCCGUACAGUGCGCAGCCCCUAACGUAGUACAGCGGAACCUCGUCAAUACGGUUACCAAUGGGCCAAAAAAAUUUGGCCCUAUUAACGAGGGUUUUGUAUAGGUAAUAGCAUGAUUUGUAGUGAUAUUUGGCAUAACUACCACGAGUGAUAUUUCAAAAUUGUUCUACGUAAUUUCACGAGCCGUUAGGCGAGUGAAAUUUGAGACAAUUUUGAAAUAUCACGAGUGGUAUUUAUGCCAAAUAUCACGUACAAAUCCUGCUAUUAUUUGUUUAUACUACUACCCGCAAAAGGUUUGUAAUUUUCACAUGUAGGUAUUUCAAAUUAAGCUGAAAUACCACUGCUCUAAGCCAAUCAAAUUGCAGAAAUUUCUCCUGUAGUGGUAUAAUUACAAGUGACUGUAUGGCCGUUUUGCUGGGCGGCCAAAAAGGUGUCCGUAAUAAUGAAGUGACCGUAUUACCGUAAGGUGGGGUUUCACUGUAUAUUCUAGACAGUAUCUCUUUUUGCUACAGUGGAUACAUUGGAAAAGUAUAGAGUCUCUUGUCUGGCUCAUAACGCUCUUUUGUGUCAUGUGAUUGCCAUCCAAACUGGUUUAUUAUCGGACAUUUGAGUCAUUACACUGAGCCCUCAGUAACGAUACACAUGUUCUUUACUUCUUGUUUCCUGACUUCUCUAAGGGCGUGUUUACAUGAAGGGAGGGUAGCCCUUGAAAGAGUUUUCACCUUGCCCUGACGCAUUUUUUUCUUUUUUUUUUACGCGAUGUGAUUACAAGGUAGGUAGGUAACAACACCUACCUUAGCAUUAGGUACGCUCAACGUAGGUAAAAAAAAAAAAAUAAAAUUUAGUGUUAAACUACCCUGUACAGCUGGGUCCUCACUUCAGAAUGAGGGGAGGUGGCGGUUGUACACAGGCUAGCCUUAAAUAUUCGAAAAUAAUGAUGUUUUUUUUACGCUACCCUUAUCAGGUUAAAAAGGUUAAGGAUGUUGUAAGAAACUUAGAUUCUCAAGUCAAAACUGGAGUGCUGUCAUGGACCAUGUAAGUCAGUUACGGUAAAAGUUUCAUAUCACUUGUGUCUCAAGGGCCAUUACUGGUUUUUUGUUUUUGCCUUGAGGUGGGAUGAUGCUCUUUUUUAACGGCAUCAGUCUGAUAAUGGCAAAGUUAAUUAGCGUAUCCAAGUAGAAGAAGGAUUUACUCAUAGACAUCAUCUGGGUUAGGAUACAGCAGAAACUGAAAAGAUUUUUCAAAUUUACACUGUAGAGCAAAAUUAUAUGGAGGCUUAAUCUUGUAAUCCUCACAACCAAUAGAUCAGUUUUGCUGAUUGACUGACAAGUGACUACCUCUGUGGAAGACAUGUUUAACUGCAUUUGUUGCUAAAACCUGACUGUGAAAGAUUUGAACCCAGGAAUCAUUUCAUGAGUAGUUGGAAUAUGAACGUCUGGUUGAGUGCAGGCCUGAAUAGGAUGACUACCGCACAGGUUGUCAAAACGUCAGUCCCUGUCAACAAUAGUCGUAUUCAGGACUAGGUUCACCCAGACUAUGAUAUCCCACCGAUUUACGGCAGUUGGCACAAACAACGGUAAUGAAAGGGUGUACAGUUUUUUGGGAUAAGUGCAUGAUUCAACAGUGGUCACUUUUCUUGUUUUUUUUUUCUUUUCUCGACUCUUUCUCUAGGAGACAGGUUCUUCAAUCAAGAAAAGAUUCUCUCAGGGAAGGGAGUACAACCAUACCUCAACCCCGCAAAGAGUCAUUAAAAGGCAGUAACUCAGGUCUGACUCCUGUUUUUGGUGCCUCUCCACCAAGGAGAAAAGACAGUGAUAAACUACCUGGUCUUCCUGUGCAAAUAGAUGAUGGAUACGAGGCUGUACAGAUGUCUCAAAGGCCUUCCAAGCCUAUAUCAACACUUUCAACACCCACAGAUAAUUCAUCCUCUGAGUAUUUUACUCGCCCUUCACGUCCUAAAAAACCUAAAGGCUCGUCUGACGCAACAGCGUCUUCUAAUGACAGUACGUCCCAACAGGCUGCUCCUCCAGUAAGGCCUGGGCGAGGUGGCAGCUCCUCAUCAAAUGCUUAUGAAACUGUUGAAAUAUUUCCAUCAAAACGUGGAGGAAAGGAUACAUCUAGCGAUUCAUCGUCAACGUCAUCAUUAUCAUCAUCAUCAUCAAGCAAACCUCCAAGACCACCAAAACCAGGGAGUGUUUCCGAAACACAAGAUGACGAUAGCUCUAGUAUUUAUCAAGAACCUCCUGCACCGGUUAGUGUUACUCCUGCUGGAGAUGAUGUAUACGACAAUGUUCACAUAAGGAACAUUCCAUUGGCAACCAACACCACUGGUCAGGGGACCUCUGGUACAUUCACAGGAACAGAGAUCCCCCAGGGAACCCUCCAGAGCACCUCUGGUCUUGGUACAUUCACGGGAACAACUAAUGAAGGUGCAGUCAUUCAGAAUGAAGCUCCUUCACAAUCACAUUCAGUCGAUCCAAAGAAGGAAGAAGCUACAGAUGGCAAAUUGGAACUUGAUUCUGGUGGAAUGGGAUGCACCAACAUUCAGAAGGCAAUGGAAGAAAGGCGGCAGAUUCUAAUGGAGACUGAAACCAAAGAAGGUGUAGUGUUACUGUCUGUUCAGAAACCGAAAGAGGAAAGUACAGAUCGAUUUGAGAAGUAUGGUAUGUGUGUUUGCUGCUUAGACAUGCAUGCACAUCCAUGCGUAAUUAUCAUCUGCACUAAUAAUUCCUUUGUGCGCUCAUCUGUAAAAUGGAGUUCUGGUGGCUUUGUCAACUUUGUCACACAUUGUGAUUUUCAAAGCCCUAAUCCCGAAGUAAGCUCACCACGGUUGAAUUAACACAGCUAGCUACCUAUGCAGUCGUUGUUAGGGUUUCGUCACACAAUCCUUCCCCAUAAACUUUUGGGGGACAGGAACGCGUGACGAAGCCCUAAGAACGUCUACGUGGGAGGCUAUAACACAGCUAACUAAGGUUCAAAGCUAUCAAACUAAGAAAUAACCAACCUUGUUGCAUCUUUGCAUGGAUAAUUAGCAAUUAUUGGACGAGGUUGAGCAAAAUAUUGUGAUUUGUCAGUGGCGAGCAGAUGAAUUAUUUGCCGAAGCCGAGCUGCGAGACACUGACAAAUCACGAUAUUUUGCGAUAACCGAGUUCAAUAAUUGUAUUAUCAUUCGACCACUGAGUUUGUUUUUUAUUGAGUAUCUUCGGAAAGCGGUUAGCGCGCGCUGCCUUCCAGGAAUAAUGACAGAGAUCAAAUGGUUUCCUUCUCAUUUCAAUAAUUUAUUCUUUCCACUUUACCUUGUAAAUAAGUUAACCGUUCCAUAACAAAAUCUAUCCAUCGAUUAAACUAAUGAAGAAUUUUAAGAACAAGUUUACAGUCUUCAAGAACUUGAAAUCCGAAAAAAGGUAAAAUAUAUUGAUUCAAUAAUGAGUAGCAUUAACACGGUAGCUGAAAAUUUACUUAAAGACUAAAAUUUAAAAGUGCAGUUGUAAAAAUUGUUAACUCUCUGCUUCGUGUUAGAGUCUUCGAUACUUGGCUCGUUACAAAUAUGCUCUUCUUCAGGGCUGUGAAGCAUAUCCCAAGAAGUGAAACUUGUGUAAAGCUCGACAUUCCUUUUCCUCCCUUCAGCGUAAAAUUUUAUCAUAUCAGAUGCCAACUUUUCUUUUGGUGAAAUAAGUGACUCUUCGUUAAUUUUUUUUCUUUUAGAUAUUCUCGAAAUACGUUAUAAGUGACUUUUGUGGCUUUUGUUGUAUUUUCACUGUUCUUUUGAUCGAGUAAACUUGCCAAAUCGCUCUCUGCUAAGUCGGCGAAGCGAUCUGCCGUGAUCGUAAGAAGGGGCAAGCGUGGGUUCAUUUACGCAUGAGCAGAAUAGUGUUUGCAGCCAAAUACAGUUGAACGACAUUGCGCAUGAGCACACCAUUAUUUGUAGGCAGUUAUUUGCAGGUCACGUGGUGGGCCAAUGAAAAGGAAGAAAAAUUUGCAUCGAAUUAUAUAUUUGUUUACUUAUUUCGGACAAAAAAAAUUAAUUUGGAUAAAUUUCAAUCCUUAAAACUUACCGGCAUAUCAAGACCGAUAAGGUUUCGCUUUGGUCAUUUGGUAGGGACUGCAAUUUGAAUGGAGAAUUUACUAAAUUGCUAAGAAAAAUGUAAUACAGUGAGUGAGAGUGAAAAUCCUUUUUUUCUUAAAGAAAUAUAUGUUUCAACAUCACCCUCACUUAUCAAUCACUUCCCUCUUUUGUCCACAAGCAGAACAAAAUUUUAUGGUGGCAAAAAAACUCAGAGAUCUAUUCUGUUAAGUUUAAAGUUGACAAAGUCACGUGAUCCAUUGAAAAUAAUAGACCCUCGGAUUCUGCUUAUAACCCGCUUGUCUACUGACUUAAGCUUCUUAAUUACAUGUCUCUCUUAAUUACAUGUGUCUUUGUGUCGACAACAGCUGAGGAAACGAAAGGAAAAGUCUUAAAUGGUAUGUUGCUUUGUUGCUUUGUAAGCUUAAGAUCUGUAACUUUUAAUCACUAAUUGGUAUCAGUUUGUAGCAUAACAUAAAUACUAUUCUAUAACCAGUUCAAAAACUCAUUAAUAAUUCAUAAAGGAAAAAACAAAAGAAAUUGAUAUUUAAAGGGUGUUUUCAUAUCUGAUAAAGACACGGCUAAACUUUAGGUCCAAUUUUUUUAGACCAAAAUAACCCCAAAUCUAAAUAGUACUGCAAGAAUGAGUUGAUCUAUAUCAUAGAUUUUGAAGCCGUUCAAAAAACUCGCGGUCAUGUGUUAUCAGGCUUAAAAACUAUUUUUUAAACCUGAUAAAACACUCCUGCUCGUUUUUUAAACAGUACAUAACAUUCAUUCGUUUUAUCUGAAGCGGAUCAUUUCAAGUUUCUUUGUAACUGACCACCUAUCCCUCCCCUAAGUCAACAUUAGCACUUAGUUCUUGCUUAGGGCAAAAUUGUGGCGUAGGGGAGGGGUAGGUGGUCAGUUACCCAGAAACUUCAAAUGAUCCAUUAAGGCUGCGGUACCUGAAAAGCGAUGUUAAACGUUUUACUAGCCACACAUCAAUCCUGUCCUGCAACAAAUCAGCGUUUUUGGUGCCCGUUUUAUCGUACCUUAAGCAAUAGAGAGGUUUUAAAUUUGUUUUAAAGUUUCGGUUUAAGGUGGCUCGAUACAGUUUUUCAGGACCAAUACCUCCUAAGUUUGAGCAUAAACUACGUCGUCAUAAACAAAGUUUGGAAAAAUUGCCAGCACAGUUGUAUUAGAUGAAGAUGGAAAUUUGUUAUGAUCAGGGUUGCAACAGCAUCGGAGUUGUCAUAGCAACGAAAUGACGCUAUUAGCUAUUUUCCUUGCAGCAGUAUAUCUCGGCACUAGGAACUGUUCUUCGAAAAUCAUUCGCGAGAGCUGUUUCCUCCAAUAGCAGCCUCGACGUUCGUGAAGUUUAAGCGAAAUCUGUAAGAGCGUUAUCUAGAUAUUUUGGGAUAAAGAGUUUGUGAUUAGAAAUACGGUAAAAAAUGGACAAUCUUGGUGUUUGGCUGUUAUCUGUAGAAAACGAGGUGCUUUUGACAUGCAAUUUCACCCCAGGGUAGUUUCAAUCUUUUUAAAAACAUGUGUGAAAGAUCAAGGAGAUAGCUUCAGCCGUCUGCUAGAAAGAAGGAUUUGCUUAGUGUGUAUCGAGGCGCUCUGUUAGCGGUUUUUUGAACAUUUUGGUCUACUUUAACAAAUUCGCGAAUAAUUUUUAAACCGCUCGAUAGAUUUUUUUAAAAAAUUAAGAUUCUUGAGAUUAACCUUCCUUUUAUAUGACCUUUUAGUUUCAAGAUUAUUGAUAUAUUGUAAGGCAGUAAAAUAAGGGCUACAAUUCGCCAAUAUUUUGGCAGAAAUUUUGUGUUUACAAGUGUGAGCCUCUCAUUAUUCAGGGUAUUGUGUCCAAGUUUCAUAUUUUCGUGCACAGCAAUAGCUAACAUUUUUGCAUAUUUCAACUGCAUUGUUAGUUAGUACUGUUCACGUGAAAAUGAAACUCGGAGACAAUGCCUUGAAUAAUUAGAGGCUUUCAAUUGUAAUGACGAAACUUCUGAUAAAAAAGUAACAAAUUGUAGCCCUUAUUUCACUGACUUAUAACAUAUCAAUAAUCUUGAAACUAAAAGGUCAUAUAAAAGGAAAGGUAAUCUCAAGAAUCUUAAAUUUUAUAAAAAAGCCAUCGAGCGGUUUAAAAAUUAUUCACUAAUUUGUUAAAGUAGACCAAGAUGUUUACAAAACCGCUAACAAGAGCGCUUCGAUACAUACUAAUCAAACCCUUCUUUCUAGCAAUCGGCUGGAGCUAUCUCCCAUGAUCUUUCACACACGCUUUUAAAAAGAUUGAAACUACUAUGAGGUGAAAUUGCAUGUCGAAAGCGCUUCAUUUUCUACAGAUAACGGCCAAACAACAAUAUUGUCCAUUUUUUACUGUGUUUCUAACAAUAAAAACUUUAUCCUAAAAUAUCUCGAUAACGCUCUUGCAGAUUUCGCUUAAACUUCACGAACAUCGAGGCUGCUAUUGAAGGAAAAAGCUCCCGUGAAUGAUUUUCGAAGAACAGUUCCUAGUGCCGAGAUAUACUGCUGCAAGUAAAAUAGCUCAUAGCGUCAUUUCGUUGCUAUGACAACUCCGAUGCUGUUGCAACCCUGAUCAUAACAAAUUUUCAUCUUUAUCUAAUACAACUGUGAUGGCAAUUUUUCCAAAACUUUCUUUAUGACGAAGUAGUUUAUGCUCAAACUUGGGAGGUAUUGACCCUGAAAAACUGUAUCGAGCCACCUUAAAGUUUCGUUUGGUUCUUUAAAUCAAGGCAGCAUUCGGAAUAUGUCAAGUUUACAGGUGCAAUGUGCAAUUAUUAUUUUAUUAUAAUCCGGAGAUUACUUUGUGGCUUAAGGCUGGAGAGUUCAACACCUUACAGUGAAUUACUCCAGAGCAGAAAAUUUGAAUUUGACUGUUGAUUCUUUAGAUCGAGUAGCAAAAUUGGAAACAAAAGGUUCAGGAGUUAUUUUCCUGAGCAAUCUUAAGUUAUAAGAUAUUAAACUGUGUAAACCCUCUCAAAAGGCUAGCUCAAAGAGUUCACAACAAUGGCCAAGUUUUACGUAACUUCUCGUUUUAUUUGGCUUAAUCUGUGCGAACGUGUGUUUUUGCGGCAGCUGUAUCAAAGGUCUUGAUAUCUUUGUAUACUCUUGUUUUAACUCUACGCUUUUGGGUGAUGAUAUGUUUAAUAAGUAACUAAUUUUAAAGUUAACAAUUACACUUAUGUCAUGUGAUGUUUAACUUCUUCCUCAUAUUUUCUUUUCAUCUUAUUGUUUCCCAUUCUCAUUCGUUCAUUUAUAAAAACGUAUGAUUCAUGUGUACGUCUAUGUUUCUUGGGAUGCCUUUGAUUGACCUGCUAUUCCAGUGUAAGGUCGGUCGGACACACCCUUAACUACUUGUCAGUUUGGCUUUGUUUCCUGUGUUGAGUUCAUCAACAAAAAUGUAGUACCAGAGGGAGAUGGGUCUCAUUAUUUCGGAACAUUCCAUACAAGACUUGCUGCGAAAACAGCAAACAAUACAAUGAUAGCUACAAACCUUAGCAUUACGAUGAACCGGUGCAUUGUUUUCUUGUCAAGCUGCUGUUUAGUAGGGCAAAAUAUACAAAACUGUAUAUUUUCUUGUAUUUCAUAAAGCUGCUGAGGAGAAUGGAGACUCUGAUGCAACAAGAUCUGCUUCCGGUAGCAUUCCACCGCCACCACCACCCCUCCCUGGUGGAAUUCCUCCACCCCCUCCUCUGGCGAUGGAUGGCGUUCCUGGUCGAUCAGUUGCAGUGCAGUCCAGAGUGAAAUUAAGACCUUUCUUUUGGAACAAAGUUCCGACCCAGUUGGUUAGUGAAAAUUUAUUCAGUUUUUGUAUUUGGUCUGUUUUCAUAGUGGUCACCAAGUCCCCUGCUUGGUUCUCAAAAGCCUGGUUUUCACUAGCGCAUAAGCAUAAGCAAAAGGACAUAGACACAUGCAGAAUGGCACAUUUGACUCAAUUCUCGAUACCAGCUCUCCUCAACCCGAUGAUAAACAAGAUGGAGGACUCCUUGUCCGCCAUAUUGCUUUUGAUAUGUUUGCAUGAGGUCUGGGACUGCCUAUGAUUGGUCCACGGCCUUGUGCUUAUGCCUUUGCUUAUGUCGACUCCGUUUUCACAGUAGUCAAAGCUACGACAUAAGCCCAAGCACAAGAAGAACGAGCUUGUCCGUUUUUUUCUGUGUUUAUGCUUAUGCUUAUGUCGACCCAGUUUCCACUUGCUUACACAAGUGCUUGUGCUUAUGCUUAUGUUUAUGCGCUAGUAAAAACCAGUCUUAAGGGGCCGUCGACAUAUUCACUUUCCCCCCGCUUAACGUCAACUGGACGUUUAGGGGAGAGGAGGUAAGGCAGUUGACGUUAGUGCGGGGCGUUUUGGAAAAAAGCAAACGGAUGGCUUUUUAUAAGUUUUACGUCACCUGUGGAACGGCGCUUGUGUCAUUAUUUAUGAACACUUACCGAAGUACCAUGCCAUUUUCACGAUGGAGUCAUUGUCCUACUGUUACUACCAAAAUCCUUUUCGUUUUUCCUUCCAUUUUUAACUUUAAUUAUUAUCUGCAAGGUUAAGUUAAAAGUUCCUCAAUUUGCACAAGAAAGAAAAACCCCGAAGGAUUCUGAUACUAGAGUAGUGUAAUGACUUCAUCUUGUUAAUGGCCUACAUAUUUUGUAUUUACAAACUACAGGGUGUCCCAAAAGUUCGUUCGUCUACUUUAAAAGUCUGUAACGCAGUACGAUUGGACUUGGUCAGCAUAUGAUUUAAACAAUAGUUUUGACUUUCAAUCUAAUUUAAUAUUUCGUACUUCUUGUGUCAUCUUUUGACUCGAAAUUCGAUUUCUGUAAUUUCGCGCUAAAAGGUGCGCUGCACGAGUAGAUUUUCCCGCUAUAUAUAUUUUUUAUUUUGUAGCCCGAAAUGCUCGAACUCCUAACCUUCUCUACGAAAAAACACUCACCUACGUGCGAGCAGAAGCAUGUAUUUCUAUCUACUGGCUUAUCAGUCAACAUAAUUCCUAAAAAAAAUGAAAAAAUCCGAAAGUUGGGAGGUAAGAUGGUCAUAGAGAAAUGAAGGUUUUACAGACAAGAAACGAGGGGGGAAGACCGAAAGUCCUGAAUAAAACCGCUAAAAUAGUUUUAAAGAAGGCUAAGUACAAAAGAGGAAACCCGACGAGGUAGCUCUUAUAACAGUUAGCAAGUUAAGUCUGGAGCAGGUUCAUGAAAAGCAAAGUUUGGAGACCCUUAAGAUGGAAAAAAAAAUUUUACUCCCGGCCGGGGCCGUCCGCCAAGCAAUGUUCAGCUCGUCUCAAAUUUAUUAAGAAGAGCAAAAGCCUUACUGUAGAAAGGGGACGGAAUGAUCAUCUUUUCUUGGAUCAAUGCCCAAAAUAUCUUGUUUCAGCUGCCUAAUCUAAAAAGUUAUAUUGUUUGGGGGUCGAAGUGACUCCUGCAUACUAGGUGAUAAAAAAGCUCAAAAUGAAUAGAUAUUUCAUGUAAAAAUAAAAGUUUUGAUCAAAAGUUAUUGCGCAUGAAAUUAGAGGAACGAACUUUUGGGACACCCUGUAUUACUGCUGAAAGUCUCCUGCGGAAGUUUUUUUUUUCUUUGCUGGAAAUAAAUAUCUUAAGUGUUUAUCGGACAGAACGUGACCGUAAGAUAGAGUGGAACACCACUCUCAAGUUAUAGCUUUCAGCCGUGCAAAUGUAAGAUGUAAAUACGUACAAUGAACUUUGAGUAUCACUGGGCAGUCAUUAAAUGAGACAUUUGCAUUUAGCUUCAACUGUAGUUUGUUUCCGUAAAUACCCAAGCACCUAUGCACAAACGACACCCUACACAAAAUUCGAAUAUUCAACAUGCUAAAAAUGAUUUUAAAAAACUUGUGACUCUUGGCUAGUCUUAACCUGUGACCAGGCGGUCCUUGUCCGCUAGACUGUAAAACAGUCCGUAGUUUUUCAUAGUCAAGAACGCUCGAACAGUCAGACGAAAGAUCUCGAGCAAGGAUGAAAACGGAGAGUGACGCCCGCGCGUGUGACUCUCGCUGGCCCUUCGCGCCUCGAAAAAAUCGACUUCCUAUUGUUCGCUGACUUUCGUGUUCCCCCGAAAACUAAAAAAGGACGCUUGAUCGCAGGUUAGGCUAGUCUGAUAACUAGGGUUUCGCCGUGGCCAAGUGACUCAUUAGAGAGCUUUGUGAAAGUGAGCAAAUGUUUUGAGCAUCUUGCUCGGUUUUCAGACGUGUCAUGAUUCACAAGUUUUUGUUUCACAGCUUUUGCAAUUACUUGCUAAAAAUAGCAAAAAUUUAUCCCUAGUAAGACAAAUCUCGUGUGACAGUCUUCCUAAUGCAAAAGUUAGUAAUAGCGUAAUUUUGCCUGUUCGAAGGUUUCCUCCUCACUUUGGACGAGAGCCUCUGAUCGCACCAAGAGUAUAAACUUAGAGUUACUGGAAGAAAUGUUUCAGAUAGAAGAAAAGGAAAAAGCCAUAAAUCCAGGUCAGUUCACUCCCCAUCCUUUGAUGUCUGAAAAUGACAAUAAGGUUUAAAUUGUUUUUGGAAAGUUGUUGUUGUUCGUUAUUCGCUUAACAAGCAGUGUCUUAGUUAAAUGUGGAAGUUUUCUUGUUCAUUGCCAACGAGCCAUCCGAGCGAAGACGCUCGGAUGGCGAAGCGGCGGCAGAAUAGAGCCGCGCAAGACUGGGCAAUAGGCAGAAAAAUUCUCGAUCGAGCUGAAAAAAGUGUAACCUAGGGCGCUUUCCAUUUAGUCAAAAUUUCCGGAAUUUCCAGUUCAGCGGUAAAUGGAACACGUUUCGUCGGUUCAUCCCACUGGAAAAUUCCCAGAAAAAGUGGAAAAUCUGAAAAGGUGGUCCCGUUUCCCCGGUUGGAAUUUCCGAACGGAAUGUCGUGUUCCAUUUACGUUUCUCGUAGUUUGUACCAGUUCCAGAUCCACCGUCGGGCACCGCGACGUACCGGGGUUUACCGCCAAAUGGAACAACUUUUUACCAAUCGGAAAUUCCACUUUUGCUCCCACCGAAAUUUCGGCAUACUGUAUUUCGCGGACUGGACUGGACUGGACUGGACUGGACUAGUAAAACGCGGACUUGUAAAACGCGGACUCAAAAUUUGUAAAACGCGGACUCAAAAUUUGUAAAACGCGGACUCAAAAUUUGUAAAACGCGGACUCAAAAAUUUGUAAAACGCGGACUCAAAAAUUUGUAAAACGCGGACUCAAAAUUUGUAAAAAAAUUCCGGGAGUCCACAUUUCUAACCCCACAUUUCUAAUCCCCCCCCCCCCUAAAAAAAAUAAAAUAAAAGAAAUAAAGUCAGACCCCCGUCAUGAACGUUUCGAGUACACAUCCCCCCGCUGGGUUGUAGCUCGGGGGGUCGUAGCUUGCAAACCAGUCUAUUUUGUUUCGGGACUAGGUUAUAGUUUGUUGUGUUACUUUCAAAACUAACACACCAUCGAUAUCUUAAAUGCAAUUGAGCAAGCCCAAAACAGUUUUACAGGCCCGAAAAGGUACCGAAGGAGCCCCAGUUAAGGGAAGGCCAAAAUUUGUCACGCAUUAUUACACGCACCAAGAGCCUAUUAUUUAUGGGCUCCUGACGCACGCAGCAUUCACUCCUUCAUAUUAUAUUUUAUUUUAGCCUUUUUCCCAGCCUCCACACCUGAAGCAUAAGAUUUUGAAUUUUUAUUGUCAUUACGUGACACUGGAUUAAGUGACAUCGACAACGGAAACGAGGCUGUUGACCUUUGUUGACCUUUGAGCAGUAAAAUCGCGCCAAAAUUCGGAAUAUAUUUUCACGUGGCGGCGCGAAGAUGGCGGCUUGUUUUAAGCUUCCAUCGCUCGCUAAAAGGCCAAAACCAAAAACACAGUUUCCUGAGUUCGAAUGGAGUGAGGUAACUGUAGAGAAGGAGCUCGGAAGCGGUACGUUUGGUUCAGUUUACCUUGUCAAAUACGAGAAAGAACACCGUCGAAAUGUUAUUGUGAAAAAAAUGAAAGGUGAAUCGGCUGAAGCAAGACGUCGAUUCGAGAAGGAAGCGGCGAUCCUAAAACCGUGAAAGGCCAUAGAAAUGUGACUGAGUUUUUAAGAUUUUGCCGAGAACCCUACGCCAUAAUGAUGGAGCAUGCUUGUUUUGACUUCAAUCCGUUGGGAGUUAAAAACAGGUAAAUUCGCUUGAAGAUUUUUUACAUUUCGUUGAUGCGGAAUUCGACUUUACGUCGUUCGCAGAUGUCUUGUUACUGUGUGCGCGGGACGUUGUUUCCGGAUUGGACUUUCUCCACAAGAACAAUAUCGCGCACAGAGAUCUAAAGCCAGGGAACACCUUGGUCUGCAAUCAACAUUACAGCAAACAGAAUGAUGUGGAUCUGGCCAAAUCCUAUGCUGAAUGCCCCAUUGUCUGCAAACUUGCAGAUUUUGGUUUGAGUCGUUCCCCUAACAUGCAGACAAGCACAUUUUUGAAGCCGAAGACGGAAUCACCUUGCCGUGGCACACCUGUAUUUAUGGCACCAGAGAUCCUAUUAGAAGAUCUAAAGUUCGCUGGUCAGGAGGACCUUAAAAAGGCUGAUAUUUGGGCUUUAGGCCUCAUGAUGUUCUCGAUGAUAAAUCCAAAUCUUUCUAAUCCAUAUCGUGCUGAAUUUGAAGCUUCUGGUGUCCCAUUCUCGGAAAAGGCUUUGAGAAAUACCUUGAGACAGCAGAAGCUACCCCGUCCUGACGUCAAAUACGAGUCUUUCCGGACAACUCAGUGGUGGCAAAUUGACGACGUCUUCAAAUUAUGCACACAAUUUGACCCAGAAUCAAGACCGACUGCCGCUGAAGUUCUUAGGCUCCUAGAUACUAAUCAACCGGAGGCAUCUCUACGUUUGAUGAAUUUGUCUGUGAAUCAGAGCUCUGCCCAGACACCACAGGAUGACGGUACCAACUGCUGUGCGUUCCUUGCCCUAACCAUUUGCGACAGAUUCUUGAACGAGGUAAAAUUAGACGCGAAUAAUAAUAAUAAUAAUAAUAAUAAUAAUAAUAAUAAUAAUAAUAAUAAUUUUUUUUUUUAAAAAUAAUUAUUUUAUUCUCAACUCUAUAAAAUGCUUACAAUUAAAUAAUAAUAAUAAUAGUAAUAAUAAUAUUAAAUAUGUUUAUUUCUCACAUUCUCGCAGCUCACUGAUUCAGAAUUAAAAUGUUGUUACAAUACAAAAUAUAUAGAAAAUUCCAAUUUUGAGGGGGACUGGGUUUACAAUAAUUGAUUAGAAAAGUUAAACACUACUGCUUAUUAUAAUUUACAAGGAAUAUGGGGAAAAAGCUGGAUCGCGGUCUUUCAGUUCUACAUUUGGUUAAUGUAAGUUAGUUUGUUAAUCGAAUAUCGGUUCACAACUGUAUCCAUUCAUUCAUUCAUUCAUUCAUUCAUUCAUUCAUUCAUUCAAUAUGCAUCUGUAUAAUUCUCCAGUUAAUAUAAUUAUUAUUACUUUAAGGUUAACGAGAAAAGCGAUGUUCAGUGGGAUGACGUCAAACAAAUCGCUGAGGACACUAUCAUUAAUCUACCAAGGAUGAUCAACGAACACCGAAAAUUUGAUCAGUAUUAUGACGUGUCUGAAGCAAAACUAAAACUGAAGGAACUUAAGAUCUUGUCUUCCGACUAUGAACUAUCAGACGAGUGCAUCUCGUCAAACACCGUGUUUUCAGAUAAUGGCAGAACCGAGCUGAUCAAUGCACUAACACAGAAGCUAGAUCAGAGUGAAAGCGCCGUUGCCAUUUACACAUGUCACCCUUACAUAUUCUCAGUGGGAAAGCACAAAGAUGCUCUGUUCUUGGUUGACACUCAUCCUGUUUCUGAAGAUCUUGGAGGGAACUGCAAUGGUCUUUUUGUUAGUGACACCAGACUGCAGUCCUCGAUCCUGUAAACUACUUGUCCAAUGGAUUCUGAACCGACUACUCAAAGCGGGGGCAUCGGAAAAGGAACUUCAGAGUUUGGCUUGGCUAACACCAAUUUCAGGUUAGACAUUUAAACUUUGUUUAAAAAACUGCUUUACAAUGAGGAUGUUUGGGUUGGGUAAAAAUUGCACAAUAACCUGCUGAUUGUAAUAUAGUGCAACCCGACAUUCAGAAUACUAUUGCAAGCAAUGGUGCAUCUUGAGAAGUGGCCUAAACGGGCCGCAAUCUGGAUCCGCCAUUGAUUAAAGAUAGAUUCUUUAUAAUUAAAACUAAUAGGUCGAGUUGCUUAAAAUUAGAAGAUAUUGCGCACGAUCGAGCACGAUCGAGUAGGAAAACCGUUUUAUUAUUCAACUAAUUGCCAAACAGGCCUAUUUCAGAGCUAGAGAAAGUGAGGUUAUCGCGGCUUUGCAAGAUUUCGAGCGAGUCGUAGUAACCUAAUGUACAAAUAUCUAAGUAUUUCUCUUCGGUAUGUCUGUAUUACCGUAACAAAGCAAAGCUUUUAUUGGAUUCAAAAUUGAAAAUUAUAUUUUUUUAGCGAUAAACCACUGACAAAAAAAAAAAAAAAACGAAACAUACAUUUCUUUUUUUGAAGGAACUGGAGAUCACCCUCUAGGAACGAAAAUGUCGAAACAAGGAAGAAAACAAGUGACAGAUGACCAACAUGAAUUUGCUGCUGUUAACAAUGGAGAUGCCGAUGUUACAGUUUGUGGCCAAAAUGUUGACAAUGAGGAGCGCGGCACUAUCGUGAUUGAUCUUGAAGCAACAAGCGAUGAGGAACCUUUGCCUACAGUAAGUGCACAGACUGAAAAAGGGAAAAAGCUCUCGCAGUAUCAGCACAAUAAUAAAGGCAGAAUCAUUAAAAUACUACGUAGACAAUGAUUGUAAAUUACCGCAUCCAGUGCGUUUCUUCUCUUAUAACGUCUUAUACACUAAACAGACAUCGCUAACAAAGUUUAAUGACACCGAACCAAAGCAUGCAGUUUCGAUUUUUUUUUCGGCAAGUUAACGUUUUAACAAGUUUGACUGCCUAUGUUCUAUAAUUAUCAAAUGUUCUAUUGAGUUAGAUAUUCCAAGGAGUUACCAAACGCAAUCACAGAUAAUCUAUUGAGUUAUCGAACACAAUCGAACGUUAAGUGUUUGAUUGUAUAUACCUAAGGACAACCUAAUAAAUGUGGUUUGUUUAAUUUCAGAAAGUAAAACAUAUUUAUCCAAAAGGAGACAUUGGAGGUGUAGACAAGUCAUCUGAGAAAGGGUGAAAAACAAUGUGUACCUUAUAUUUGAUUAUUUAAAACAAUUUAAAUUUGGAUAUACACUGUACCUUUACGCGUACUUCUACAAACAACCUGCGCACCUGGGCGUAAGUGAACUUGGUGGUUAACCUUUGUGGACUCCUAUGUCUACCUCUGAAGACAUUCUCCUUGAAUCUCUCGAGCGCGUGGAUGAAUGUACUAUGAUGUUGAGUUUCCAAGAACCUAGCUUUUUUAAUUUUACUAGACAACAAAAUCGUAGAAAUGUGGAUCAUUCUACGCUCAUUAUAUACCCGCGCCAACUUUGGGAAAAGGAGUGAAGUAGUAAUUUUUUUCUAAUUUUCGUUCUUUUCUGCAUACAUGCAUGUAUUCAUACAUAUGUUGGUGGCUUGCCUGUAUUUUAUUUUUAUUUAAAAUUGUAAUAAUACAGUAUAUAACUUUUUAUUGUAAUUUUCAGGUACUGAAGAAGUACCCGCGGAAUGUGAGAGAAACGAAAGUGACGAGGAGGAGUUGCCUCUUGGCCCUAUCGCGGACAUAAAAUUCUAUGACGGAGACCAACGUCUACCAGUCUACAAGUGGGGCCUAACCAAAGGGAUGAAUACUGAUGAUGCGGCUGAAAUUCUUUUAAAACCCUUUGCUGAUCGCACAUUAAUGGCGACGCGUGUCCCAACAAAUAUAUCUAAAAACACUGUCUUUGUUGUGGACACGUCGAAUCUGUCAAAUAAAGCUGAUGUAAAGUGCGACGACCUUGGCGCUUGGUUGUGUACAGGCUCAAAGAAGUUUCCGUAUUCCACAGACAACUCUGGAAUUUGUCACAGAUUAGAGGACAAAGAUGACUGCCCACCUGACCACGUGUUGCAUAUAGUGCAACGCCAGUUUUUCACUAAUAAAAGCUUACCCUCCUUGCGAAAGUCAAUAAUCUCUGCACAUCGGGCUACAUCAACAUCGCCUCACGAUUUGGCAAUUGUUCAAUAUAUGUUUACAGACGGCGAACAAGAAGUCAACAUCAAGAGCCAUGGGAACUCUAAAGGAUCAACACCACGUCCUUUUAAAAGAACCAUGCAGAGCACCCGAGAAUUUGUGCAAGACAAGUUAAAAGAACAUCCCCUCGUCGAGUCAUUCACUCGGUUGUCGAAGAACGAGGGGAAUCAUGCAAGUCGAGUCUGCAGGCGAAUUUCCAAGAAACAGGGAUCAGGUGUACAACAUCAACAGACAAGCGAAGCGCCAGAAGGUUGAUGUACCCCUUUCCACUGGCGAUCCCCUUCUACAGGUGUUGGCAAAGGCGAAGGAAGAACAGCAAGGAUUGAGAGAAAACCUCUUUAUCAGAGAAAUCCCCUUGUUCCCAGAGCCGAUAGUUUUUCUCGCCACCGACCAGCAGUUAACUGAUGUAGUGCGAUUCUGCACCAAUCCUGAAGCGUUCUGCAUCUUGGAAGUAGACUGUACUUUUCAGAUUGCCGACUAUUACUACACCUUUACCACCUAUCGCAACCUGAUGUUAACUACUAACAAGGGAGUCCACCCUGUCUGCAUAGGACCCGGCAUUUUGCACAAACAAAAGCUUCUAACAUCAUACAAGACUUUGCCUCUCCUAAUGACAAAGUACAACAAAGACACUAGUGGUGUUCUAGCCUACGGAACAGAUGGAGAGGAAAACCUCUUUAAGGCCAUGUCGCAAGUCUUUGUAGACGCAAAGCAUUUGCGUUGUGACAUUCACCUGAGGGACAAUGUCAAACGAAAACUGAGUGAGCUUGGAAUAUCAGGAAGUGUGGCCGACGAAAUUGUCUGUGAUAUUUUUGGAAAGGUACUUGGAGAAGUGACUGAGGGUGGACUAGUUGACUGCACUUCAGGUGCCGAGUUCGACAUUGCAUUGAACAAUGUUAAACGAAAAUGGCCAGGCUUGCACAAGAAUGGUGAUCAAUUUACAACGUAUUUUUUAAAAGAGAACGCGGAAGUUAUUCGGGAAAGUGCAACGGCCGACAUUCGCUCGAUGUGUGGCCUUGGGUUUCCGCCCAAGGUAUAUACACAAAACGCAAGUGAAAGUAUGAACAGAUUAGUGAAAGCGGACGAAGAUGCCAAGCUUGCAAAAGAAACCAGACGGGCUUCCCCUUCCAUAGAGCGAAUAAGAGGCGAAGUUAAGAGGCAACAAGACGAGCAGUUCCUCGCAGUCAUUGGUCGAGGGAAUACCGAUUAACUGAAGAUUUCUCCUUCCUUGGGAUCGACGAGAAGGGCUUCUAUAGAAUGAGUCACAAGCAGAAGGACGCCCUGAAGAAGAAAUUCUUCUCAUCAUCCAUGUCAAGGUUACGAAACGAAGAUUCAGAAGAACAAGGAGCCGCCACAGAUACAACGUUAUCCAUAACUGCUGAAAAUGCCCAGAUUAUUGAUAUUCCCUACCCAGUGCUAAAGGGGAUGUUCAGCAAGGCUGCUACGACAGUGGAAGAUCCGUCCGCGCUGUGGAAAGUGCCAACUGGUGAAGGAGGUGACCCCUCAUGCCCAAUCAGAUACAUGGUUCACAGCCAAACAUCACGUGAGCCUCACACUGUCCUUGUUUAUCCCAAAACUGGCAAGGUGCAGUGUGAUAAAGGGUGUGUAAGCUGGUCCACGUACAGUUUGUGUUCACACACCCUAGCAGUAGCGGAGAAAGAGGGGCUUUAAAGGAGUUCCUUAAAUGGUUCAAAAGCAGAAAGCGUUCUCCUAAUCUGUCAGGCCUUGCAAACGUGAACAUGCCUAACAAUGCUGGUCAAAAACCGGAACAAGGAAGCGGAAAGGUGGAAGCAAUAAAUCCUCAACUGAUAGGAACAUUGUUCGCAAUCGGGUAUUGCAGCCUACAUCCGCACCCGUCAAUGAUUCAUGCCCAUCUGCAAUUGACCAAAACACCCCACCUUGGCCGCCAGUGUCGCCUUUGCCUCACAUUCAGCUGGGUAACAGUUUCAACGUGCCUCGGACUCCACUAGUCCCUCCAAUCUCAUCUAAUCAACCUUACCAGCAAGCCAACGGACAGCCUCCAACCCCAAAGCGUCCAAAGCCCUUACCAGGAAUUUUAGUGUUUGCCAGAUUAUCUUUCCUCGACAGUAAAGUCACGCGAUGCUAUGGCUGUGGCGACACCCUGAAGCCAGGCGGGACCAAUCCACCUCCACCCGAUGACCUCGUUUUGACAACACGACUUCGCCGUCAGUAUUUAAAAAAAGGACGUCAACACACAUCUCCAGAUAUUUCGUCGGUAUAUUAUCAUGUUAACCCUUAUUGCAUAAGGGUAACCUUCCCUGCCUUUCAACCAAAUUCAUGCAGAAUACCGUCGGAUCUACAGCCUUUUCUUCUACCCGAACACAAGCAAGUAAUUUUCGAAAGGCUUGCCGCUAUGGUCUAGUUGAAUUGUUGUCUGUGAGCCGGGAUUAUGACAUCACAUGUUAAAGUUUUUUUUGUUUGAAGUAAUGUUUUAAAGUGGAUAGUAUAAUAUCCGGCAAUUGAAUUGUUGUCUGUAUGAUUAUGACAUCAGAUUAUGUUCCUGUUGACGUUUCAUUCGGAACGUUUUAUAUAAGAAGAGAUAUAUUCAUUUAAUAAAGCAAAUAUUUUAGUUAUUUAUGUAUUUAUUUUUAUUUCUAGUCCGCGUUUUACAAAUUUUUGAGUCCGCGUUUUACAAAUUUUGAGUCCGCGUUUUACAAAUUUUGAGUCCGCGUUUUACAAAUUUUGAGUCCGCGUUUUACAAAUUUUGAGUCCGCGUUUUACAAAUUUUGAGUCCGCGUUUUACAAGUCCGCGUUUUACUAGUCCAGUCCAGUCCAGUCCAGUCCGCGAAAUACAGUAUGCCCCGAAAUUUCCGGUUUUUAUCCUAAAUGGAAAGCGUCCCUAAUGUAAUGUAGAUUCCCCUGAGACCAAGUGGUCAGUUGUGAACCAAUCAAAAGGCAGUACCUGGCGCACGGGCUCAAGUUGAAUAACAAACAAAAUUUCACUCACUUCCCGCCGUCGCGACUUCCUGUGUUUAUUUACCUAAAUUUUUUCGUUAAACCCGGCUACCGCAGUCAAGAGACAUGAGCACUUGAUAUAUUCUAUUAAUUUUAGGAGCCAUAAUGUUAAAUUUUAACGAAGAGAAGUUUGUAAAACAGCAAAAGUGUUCUAUGUGCAGCAAGCAAUAUUCUCACCACUAAAAAGGAUCAGAUUACACGAGGAGAUAAGGAAAGCUUGACACGAAGAUUGUAGUCGCUUCUGUUGGAAAAUCUGGUGUUGGGGAAAAAAUCUAACCAGCAAACAAAAACAAUGAGAACAAAAACGAAUUACAAGCCUAAAGCGAACGACAAAGCAAAAGAAAACAACGCCAUUUUUUUCGAAACGUGGCCGAGUUCAGUAUAAAAAUAAUGAACUAAAAUUAAAUACCGACGUGCCGUACAUCGCAUGUCCUUGGAAACAUUUCAGAUGGCCCAGCGAAUCACUUUAAGUUUCAAUCAGAUAACAAAAAGACUCGGGAAAUUUGAAAGGAGGUUUAAAUGAUUAAACUGUGCAAAUAUUUAUCAACAAUGUGAAACCGAACCGACAGUACAUUUGUAGCUGGACUUAAUAAUAUUCCCGAUCGCUUCCUCUGCAAAGCUGACUUUAUUCUUUCAUGGCACUUCCCAAUAUUACAUAGCAGGUUUGUAAAGCCACCAUACUGAAUCUGAGAACUUUUCAAGAAAAUAAUCCUUGCAACAGGAAGGGACCAAGAAACGGUCAAAUGGGAAAAAAAAGGAAUUUAUUGCUAAGCAAAAUACGCAUGAUUUGCUCGUUGGCACUCUAUCGAUAGGUAUACCUAGUUGUAACCCUCAUUAUAAUACAUCGCCAUCGCAACUAAUUUCUUUCAGCAGCUUCAGUAAAUAGCGGAACCACGAGAAAAUACUGCGCAUAUAAGAUUUUUUCUCUGAAAACAUACGUAUGCGAAAAUGUUAAAAAUAUUGAACAGUACCAUAGAAAGUUAUGUCCAGAAGUCAAUCGUUCUCAUUUUCAAACAAAUCAACUCGCAGAGCAGUAGCAAAUGAAAGUACUACUCAAUACGUUUGAUUUGAAAUAAUCAAACGUUGGGAAUUCAUUCACAGACUCAAAAGUUACAGCCAUCUUGUUCAUCACAACAAAAAAGAACCGUAGGAUAAGUUAUUUCAAGAGUUCGAAUGGACCUCUUUCAUUAUGGCGGCCCAUUUAUUUAUUCUUUCAUAUGUAUAUAAAUGAGCCAUUCUGGUCUUGUUUGAAAGUUAGAAUUCUUUUGUAUUUAACACAUGCUAAUGAGGUCAGAAAGGCUAAUUAUCAUACAUAUAAACGAAUAUAUUAAUAGUCCGCCAUUAUGAAAGAGCUCUAUUGAGUUUAUUUGAAAACCCGAAAAAAUAAAAAUCAGUUUAAGUCUCUUAAAUAAUAUCAGAGGCUCUUUUCAUGUUUGUUAUUUUGUUUUCCUUGUAGUGCAAACAAAACCCACUGCAAAGACUCUGUUGGAUCCCAAAAGAGCUCAAAAUUUGGGUAAGAUAAUGUUUUCAUGCUAGAGAAAUUUUCAAAGGUGGUUUCUUUUUGUUUUAUUCCAACCGAUCAUGUCAUCUUUCCAAACGACUUUUAGUUCGUUAAAAGAAGAAGAUAAAUGAUCGUUAAGGAAACUAAUCUGUUGCUCUUUCAUUUCUAUAUGACAGGUAUUUUCUUAAGUGGUUUCAAAUUGAGUGCCAAAGAAAUUGAUGAGAAGCUGAGUGUAUUCAGAGAAGAAGAUGGCGCAUUACCCAUGGAUCACGUGAUUGCUCUGAAAAGGUGACGUUGGCUGGAUCCUCUUUUAUGUUACGAGGGGGUAGGGAUAGGGAGCAAAGUGGAUGCCCUGUAGUGACACUGAAUGACAUCAUUGUGUUCACUCGAGGUGUUACAAAACAUGCCCUCAAUUUUCAAGAGCGAUAUUCACAGGAUGGGAGGAGUACAAGAGGCCACACGGAGGCCCUCACUUUCAUGGCCUCAAACUCAUUACUGUAGCACGGCCUAUUCUCUCUUCCUCCCCCCCCGCCCCUCUUCGCUUAAUACUCCCCUUUUCCUCUCCCUUAGUGCCUAAGUCCCGUUUUCAAAUGCCGUGCCGUUAGGGAGAUUUAGAUUUGAGGAUGAGAAUGAGUACGAAUACGAGAUUUAACUUAAAGUUUUUUCACCAACAAAGUUAAUACUGUUAUUUAUACUCCCUCUCCCGAUAGCAAAAUGAUUAUACUUCUAACAUUUGAUAACUUGUUCCCGCCACUACGACAUUCUCGCUAAAUCCCGUUGUUGAAUGACGACAGCUAUCACGUUUUCCCGCCAAAAUGACGCUGGCUGUUCACGCGCGCGCACGAGAAAAUCUCUUACUCGUAAUCGUCCUCGUCCUGGACUCGAAUCUCUACUCGUGCCAAGCUGGCUCGACCGUACCUUACGACUUGACUUCGGAUGUCGAAUACAAUAGCUGUUGUCGAAAGCAAAAUAUGAAUUUUUUUAACACAUUUUUUUAAUGAUCAAUGAACUGAGUUUGGUAUGACAGAAGCAUGUCGUUUGAAACCAAGACGUGCCACUGCCGUGCUUUGUUCUAAAUUUUUCGAAUUUAAUUCAGUCAAUUGUGAUCAGCACGGCAGUAGCGAGACGUUUGAAUCGCCGGGGCCUGUGGAAGGUUUCUUUUUUGCACGAAACGAAGGAAAAGCAAGGGUGGUGACAUCUAGAGAGAAGGAAGAAGUGAAACUAUGGUUUACGUUGGUGUAGAUAUAUCUUCACGACGUUUGUCUACAAUCAACAGAUUUCUGCCAUCGACUGAAGAGGCUGAGAUGUACAAGAACUACAAAGAUGACCCUAGCAGUUUGGUACCAGAAGACCAAUUUAUGAUGAAGGUACAGUUACAUUAGUGACUGCGUUCGCAAGGGCUAUAUAUUCCAAGGAGGGAGGAAAACCCCAGAAACGAGUUGGUGCCCUUAUUUCAGGACCACUCAGCGACUGUUUUCUGUAAAAUGCCGGUUCGAAGAAGCAAAUAUUACCUUGCAUUUUUUUUUCUUGAGGACGGCUAAAUAUUUCUGGAGGACUGUUCCAUUCAUGUUCAAUGUUCGAAGCUUAUCUAAUGGAUUCCCUACGAUUUUCUGAAGUUUAAUUUUUCACAUUUCACUGCCCAGGUUAGGCUAUCUUUCGUACAAAAAAGGAAACCUAAAAUUUUCGAAUUUAAAAAUGUGAUGGAGAGAGGAAUCAGAAAAAUUCUCACCUUUGCAUUAAGUUAAAUUGCAUGGAAAAUUUUCGGGAAAAUAAUACUGAGCUCUCGUAAUUUCGAAAAGACUCAAGUUUCCCUAGGAUGACCGAACAGAUACAAAUUUUAUAGCGCCACUCAGAAUGCAUUUCUAGAGAUCUACAAGUACUCUGGUUAGCCAAACAGUGUUUUCUAUGUAUUUAGGAGGAAACCGUCGUUAUGUGACCCUGUUAUUUUAAUGGCAACACUAGUGAUCCUUUUUCAUUUAAUUCGUUUUGUUUAUCAGCUUUGUGAGAUAAAAGACCUAGAGAAAAGACUGGAUCUACUUUUGGUCGUCAUGGAGUUUCCGGGCCAAUUCGAAGACCUUGCACCGGUAAGUUGAAACGCGACUUCCGGUUUGUCACUAGAUUUUUGGAACCACAGUGGAAUCCCGAUAUAACGAAUUACCUGGCGACGAAUUUUUCUUGUCACACAACGCUCCUUCCCAAGAAAAGGAGGAGCGCUCCGUGACGAGACAACGAGAUUAGAAGGCCAGGGCAAUGUAUUCGCUGCAACGAAUGUACAAAUGGGGCAAAGGGUAAAUUCACUUUUUUGGUGUUUUGGUAGACAGGCACAGACGCAGAAUUUUAUUCUGUAAUACUGUGGCAUAUUUUGUUAGUCUCCUUUCCUGAUAUGGAAAAAGUAAGUUAAAGUGAAGUAGUAACAUUCAGUACAAAGGGAUGCGUUAUGGUCUAGGUUCCACUGUACACACCAGUCUAGGCAACAGCAUUUUUGAAAGGGCGAGGAGGAAACAUUCCGAUGGAAUUUUUGGCAAAUUCUAGCGUAAUUGAAAACGUUCUUUAGGUGAGCCGUCUUGGUGGUAAGAGAGUGGAAAAAUAAAGCUUUGAAACCCGGAGAAUGCUUGAAAACUCUUAUAUUUGUCAUUUUGUCUAACGCGUUUUCAAUAACAGCUGUAAAGAUUUCAGCACCGCCGAUAAACAUGGGCUUGGUUACUGUAGCCCUCCCCUCCAAUUUGUUUUUCUUUCUUCUGGGGAGGGGUGUUGCUGUACAUUGGCCGGGGUACAGGACCAGUUGCAUUCUCCUAACGUCCACCCUGUUCUGUAGAAGAGCCUUUAUUUCACUUCCCCUGCAUGAAUGUGGUAAGUUCCUUUGUUGAGCAUUUGCUACUUGUCGCUAGGAUACAGUUUCGAUACCAGGCCUAAUAGCCGGUACAGCGGUACAGCGGGCUCAGUAACGGAUGCUCGCACUGUAAAAAACCAGUUUGACGAAAGAAAACAAGAUUGACCGGUCAAGAAGUUCGGACUUCGGCGACUUCAAAGGUUUUACGCGAAUCGUGCAGAGCCUUCUUUUUUCCGCAUCACUUAAGAACACAACAGGAGGCUCUGCUCACGGGGUGCUUAACGUCGGACGUAACUACCAACAUCUGACGUUCAGCCCAGUCAAGCUCUAACUUUCCUUCCGUUAGGUCUGACGUGCGGAUUACUGUAAUUUGUCCCUGGACUUACCAUUCCAGAUGUCAUUAAAAUUAGAACUCGUUUAUUGUCAGUAUAACUUUUAAAAAUGACGCACUUACGAGUUUAUUUAUGAAUAAAUCCACAAUUAUCUUAACUUUUUUGAAUAAAGGUAACUGAAAAAAGUUUAACACAAUGUUUUGAUGUCGCCGUAUAUAUCAGGUCAGCUUUUAGUUUUUAUCUUUACUUGAUAAUGAUGUCAUGGCGACAUCGAAACGUUCUGUUAAACCUUUUUUUCGCUUAUCUUUAUUCUUAAGUGUUUAACAAAAUUUAAUUUGAUUCGUAUCAUAACUUUGUUUUCAGAAUGUAAACAACUUACUACAAGCCUGCCAGGAACUAAACAACAGCAAGAAUUUCUUGCUUGUGCUUGAGUACGUCUUGUCCAUCGGUAACAUUCUGAACUCCGGAAGCAACAGAGGAGCUGCUUAUGGAUUCAGGCUGCAUUCACUACCAAAGGUAACGUGUGCAGUACAGUGAAACCCCGCUCUACGGACACUCCCUUGAUAGGGACACCCAUAUAUAACGGACAGUUUUGUUUGUCCUAACGAAUGGCCUAAAUUUCAGCCGUUCCCUCGAGUCGGGAACAUGCGACUUGAGGGGACGGCUGAAAUUUAGGCUAUCAAACAAAAAGCACAUACCUUUUCUGUAAAAUUAAACCGCUAAUCAUAACUAUAACAAAAUUGUCAAAUCUGAUUGGCUAUCAACUGCCCUGAUUUCAGCCUUAAUUGGACAGUUUAAUAGGACAGUACCCGUCAUGCCUAAGUAAUUAAACAGUACGCGCCAUCACGCGCGAGCUUAAAUGGCUUUUUUUUCUGCACUGCUAGCAAACAAAAUUUCGAAUUUCUUGUGUUUUGAUUUAAAAAAUAGCCCAUUAUGUCACAAAUUUUGUUUAAGUUAUGAUUAAUUGGUAACAGAACUUCGUGUCGUCCAAUUCGGUCUGUAAUCAUACUCGUGAUUAAAAAAAUCGGACUCCCGCUACGCGGUCGUCCGAUUUUGUUAAUCACUCGUAUGAUUACAGACCGAAUUGGACUCCACUCAGUCCUGUUACCAUUACUUAAUACGGACAACGGACACUUUUCUGUGUCCCGAGUCACAAUCUGUUGUAUAUCGUCUACCCCGCUUUACGGACACACUGGCCUGCGUUUCUGCGCACUGUCUAUUUUCAGUGUAUGUUAAUGAUACACAUUGCAUCCUGUUCAAAUAAUGAAAGAUUCCAACAGAUUAAUACGAUUUAUUAAUUAAAAACAGUGGCGAAAUAUCGUGACGUGUUUAAUAAUAACUACAGUUUUUGGAACGCGUUAUGUAUUGCCUCAAUGCGUUUGAUGUUUCGGGAUUUUCAUCUGUCUGUUUAUCUUCCGGUGUUUGGCCCUCAUACUGUGGUCGUUUAAUAAGGUUUUCUGCUUUCCGUCAUUGCUCCUUGGUAUCUUUACAUCGAUAAAGAUUGUGUCCGUGACGUUUUUUCUGAGAGUCUCGGAUAAUGCGGACACUAUGGCAUAUCCCCUUGGUGUCCGGAUCAACCGGGUGCCACUGUGCACAUUACGACUGCCUCAUUGCUACCUGUUACCCCUGGGAUACCACUUAUUAAAAGAAAUGGCGUUCCAUUCCUGUGUUUGACUGUGUUCGCCAUGUAGGCCGAAAAGAAAUAUCCGCGGUUAAGAAUUUAAUAAAUUCUGAAAUUAGAAUGAUAAUUAUUUCAGUUGGCAGAUAUACGUGGAAAUAACAAGAGGUACACUUUGUUGAAGUUCCUCAUCCUUCAGCUUGAGCAGUGCAGUCCAGAUGCGCUGAAUUUUCCCGAUGAAUUGAAAAGUGUUCCUAAAGCGGCAGCCUGUAAGUUCACAACUUUUGUUGAUUUUUUUGGAAUGUGAGAAAUGUAUUGUCUUUUGAUUGCAAAAUCAUAACUAAAAAUGAAAAGAUCUUGCAAAUAAAUGUUUACGGGCGAUGCCUGAAUUUAUUUUCCUCUUUCCUAUCAGGUUCAUCAAAAGCUUUGUUUGCUGAAGUGGAAGGUAUCUAGUAUUUCUGUACUUUUCAGUUGCUUUCUUGCGUUGUUGUUUUCGUUUCUUGUUAGUCCUCUUCGCCUGUUUAGUUCAUAAAGGACACAAGUAAUAUCUCAGUGACUAGCAGUAUUACUCAAAAUCUUGGCAACAAAUGUGUUAAGUAUACUUUCUCUUUUAGUGAUGAAGAAGGACUUGCUUAAAAUAAAGAAACAUUCAAGUGACUUGUUCUUGAAGCGGAGUGAAACAAAUUCCCAGGAUGUCAAACUGCACAAUGAUGUGGAAGUAUCCUUACGCCAUUACUUUAACUGUUCAUGAACCUAGGACUUUCCAACAAAGUACAGACUCCUCCUUUAUUUAGUUGAUUAGGACAAAAGGUUGUUAGGUAUAGCCAGAACCUUAACUAAACAAGGUAGGGCAAAAGUGUUGAGUUGUACAACCACACAUAAGUGUCGGCUGAUUUAGCAUGAGUCACAGGCCAGUGCUUAUUCACUUCUUGUAUUCUAACCUUCUCUACAGUUCAAAGUUACGCGAGAAAUAUUUUUUAAAUUUCUUGUUUAAAAUGUCUCGUGAAUUGUGUGCUUGUUUUGUUGACGACGAUUGCGUGCUUUUAUAUAUAAAACAGGCGAGAGUCGUCGAUAGCAUGCUUUAUAAAGAUAAAACUGAACACUGAUCAAUCGUGGUGCGCACCUUUCUCUGAACAUUUUGUGAAGCCAAGUUAACAACACCACGGGAACAUCAAAGGGUUAUCUUUACAGACCUACGUAAUCGAAAGUCAAUAGCAGGGCUCUAGGUUUGUUACAUUGUUGCCGUGAAGUCAACUAGUAACAACUAAACACUGGCAGCUCAAGGGAAAAUCGAGUCAUAGUUCUUUAACUAAUAACACAGACUUUUGUCACUGAAUAUGAGGAGAAGCUGAACGAUUUGUGUGACAAAUGCAAACAAAUGAAGCAGAUUUAUAACAAAGUUUUGGUAAGGAGCAUAGUUAAUGAGGUGGAAUGGUUAUAAAACCCGUCAGAUUCCCUUUUUACUUGUUUUGGUGGUCUUGACACUGCAAAACUGUCAAUAGCGCUCCUAUCAUUUUGAUCUUACCGGCCAAUGAAAAUGUCGCCCUAACUUAUCCCAGCACAAUGUGUGAACAAAAAUCAAAGAAUUGUGCAACAUCAUGCAGCUCUUCUAAAGAUAAACUACCGCACCAUAACCAGUGUCCUAUAAGGAACUAAAUAUUAUAAAGAUCUAGUUUUAUAAAUAAUUUUGAGUUUCAUCACGCAAAACCUUUGAAAAGACUGUCUUUUAAUGUUCACUUUCUAUGACGGAUUAGCUGACUAAUACAGGUUUAAUUGGCCUGGAAGGGUAUCAAGAUAUGAUUGAUAUGGUUACGCAAAACGAAACGGUUGUUAUCUAUUACGACUAUGACAACUUCGCGAUUAUUUACUGGCAAUUUUUUUAAACUCCCAGGAUUUGGUUUACACAUUUGGACAACUAGAAUCGCCUUUAUUUUCCAAACUGUGCGAUCGAUUCACUUGAAAUAUUUUGCUUGUGUGUUUGUAGGUGUCUUUUGGUGAACCACAGAGCAGUGAUUCUGAGGAGCUCUUUGGUGCUAUCAGCACCUUCAUCGGUCAGUUCAGAAAAGCCAUGAAAGAAACACAACAGGGGAGCAAACGCAACAAGGGCUUCAAACUAGAGGGGCUCAAGUAAGUUAUCGUAAAAGGUACUCGGGAUCACCUCAGUUAUAAGGUGCAAUUAAUUAUUAAUGUGGCCCGAACCUAUUUUUAUGCGUGUCGUUAUGUUUUUUUUAAUCGAGUUUUUUAGCAGGAACGAUGUAAAAGAUUUCUAUGAUUUUUGGUAUCCGCAAUAAAGAAUUUAAGAAAAUAUUAUUUAAUAUUUUCUUGUAGGUAAAAAAACCUUUGAGUCAUCGGCAUAUAAUUAAAACCGCAUUUUUACAGAAAAUGUAAUAUCCCACGACAGAUUUUCCUCUGACUUUAAAAAAUUCGGCGCCAUGAUGUUCUUAAGUUUUAUAUCUGCAAGUUUGAGGUCUUCGUACAGCUAACACCAUACAGCUAACACAUUUGUGAAAGUUGGCUCACAAAUAGUGGAAGAGUGUCGGCGGACUAUCUCCUAUGUGAAAGGGUAUUCUUACCCAAAGCUUCAUUGCAAGAAUCUAAGUAAUCAGAAACCUACGGCGAAUAUAGUUAGCAUUACAAGAAGAACUACUUAAUGCUGAAAUCGGGGUGAGAACAGAGAACUUCUAUUCAUCUAAUUUACUUAGUAUUUGUGCAUUUCCUUUCGAAAUAAAUCUUAACAAAGCAAAAUAUAACAUCUACGAAAAACUCACAAGAGUUUUUAGCGUUGUAAGUUCGCGUUUUGAAAAGAAAUAAAGCCACCAACUCCUGAACUACAAGAAAAUAAAUAACAUUUGCUUAAAGUUCCACCAUUCUUUAUUUUGGAUGCAAAAAAUCAUAGAAAUCGGGCAAAUCGUUGCUGCUGAAAAACGCGAGUCAAAAACAUAACCAACAAGCAUAAAAAUAGGUUCGGGUCACCUAAAAAUUGUGGGCCACUCCUAAGGUGCUCAUUUUCGUCUAGAUAUAAAAUAAUGUUAUAUUUGAGGCCCAAGAAGGAAAAUGCUACAGGUAGGAGUUGAUUCCUUAUCCAUCACAUCACUCAUUCUCUCCCCUACUUUAGAAUUUCGUAACAUUUGAGAAUGAUGAUUCUUCAGUCAGUGACUCCGAAAAAAAUCCGUCGAGUUUUCUCAACGGGAAUCGAACCUGUGACCUCAAGCUGCUGGUCAGGGUGCUGUCUAGGAUAUUUGAGGGGUAGAAGCUUACCCCCCAAAAUAUUGUUAUCAUUACAGUAUGUUUAACAAUUAUUCCUCGAGCCCGAAUGGGCUCUGAGACAAUAGCAUGGGCUAUUGACUCAGAGGCCGUGAGGGCGAGAGGAAUAAUUGUUUUAGUAAAGUCCAACUAGUUGGUCAAAAAUAUCGAGAAUAAAAAUAUUUUAGUUGCUGAAAGCUAGACUUUAAUCCUUUUUUGCCGCCAAAAAGCCGGCGCUUUUCGCUACUAGUGGGCUAUAACACAUAGCCUAGUAGUAGCUCAACCAAUCAGAACGCAGCAUUGAUAAUAGACCACUAGUUGGAUUUUACUAAAAGUAACUAUAUCGGAAAAAUCAUCCAGACGCGACGAGGUCAGUGCUCACACUGUGUCUCACAAUGCACCAGAUUGCAUCUCAGCGCAUCUUCAUUUCAAAAAUUUCCGGGGGGCAUGCCCCCGGACUUCCCUAGGAAGCUCGUGGCCUUCAGCCACUCGGGACUUCUCACCCAAACGAUAAAUCCUAGAUAGAACCCUGCUGGUUACUGGUGCACUGAGCUACAGCCGAGGAGACUCAAACAAACCUGGCCCCAGUUGUUCGAAGGUCGAUUAGCGUUAACCCGGGGUUAAAUUUUAACCUGGGUUCCUCUCUCUUUUGUUUAAAAGAAUUUUCUUGGAUAAACUUUUCCUUAGUUUUUGGAGCGUCCAGUCAUUAAAUUGUAGACAAAAAGGAUUGAACUGAAUUUGCUCUUUCAGCUUUCAUAUCUGAAUUCAAAUUUGGCACUAAUCCUGGCUAUCUUAACCAAGCUUUGAACAACCGGGCCCUGUAUAUUGCGGCUUGCUACCUAUUUCCAAUGAUCCCCAAACAAACAAAAGUUCCAAAGCAUGACUUGACUAGAAUACUUGACAAUUGAACUUUUAAGUUCUCGAUUAUCGUAGCACUUAGUAAAAUAAAGGAAAUAAUUUGAGUGGUUAUACAAAACGUGUAAAAAUGUAUCGAGAACGUUUGGGCCUUUUUUUAGAAAGAAUAGCCGGGAAGUUGAGUCGGGUAAAAUAAGCGCGAAGAAAGAAAACGGAGUUAACCACCAGAGCGGUCCUCAAACCCAGCACCUCCGGGUUGCGAGGUUGACUAGUCUGCCGCGGGCCCACCGCCGUGGUCACAAACGACGCGAAUUCCGUGACGUCCAUCGUUGCCGGGUUAAAUUUGGUCGAUGAAGGAUAUCAAAAUGAUUUUUUGUUCUCAUGCAAAUAAAAAUCCUUUUCACAAGAAAGGUUUUGCACUUUGCCUCGUUUUGAAAGUGAUAGCAUUUGGAACUCGGCAGUGGCCUGUUGUACGGUAUAUUUUACCGAGACGGAACAGUUAUUCGACCGCGAUGGAAAAACGUUCUAUAAAGGUUUGACUAGCCUAGAUUAGUCACAGUAAUGUUAAGAUUGUUUUCUGUUGUUAUUUUACAGGGAAGCUGUUGAGAAAAGACAGAAGCCAGCAGAGGUUGGUUCAUUUUUCUUAACGCACUUCAGUGGUAGAAAUGAAAGCUUUUACUUAUUUCUUGAUUUUUUUGUUGUUGUUUCUUUGCAAGGAUUCUAUUUCUGUAUCUACUGUGGAUUCUCUAUCAUCGACCAUCAGUGAUCGGGACGACGUUGAUGCGGGCAAAACAAACUGGAACCAACAGGUUAGAGAAAAACACUCUACUCUAUGCUAACCUACCAGAGCCGAGGGCUGGUACUUUACAAGGCUACAUUCACCAACGCUUUAAACUCUCUUAAACUGACAGCAAACUCUUCAUGCAGCCAACUCCCUUUAAAGCGGACACUGUAGGGACCUUGAGUUAGUGUCCUUAUUAGCGAGAGUCCGUAAUAGCGGGAUAUUAUUUCAGUCAAACAAUCAUCUGUAAUUUGUUUUCGGAGUGUCCACAAGGCGAGAGUCGACUGUAUUCAUCAAGAAAACAGUUUCACAUAUAGUCAACUCUAGCCUUGCGGACACCCGAUAAUACGGACAGCAGCUUAAUCCCAUGCAAAAAUAAAAUACAGACGUCUGACUGAAAUAAUCUCCCGCUAUUACGGACUCUCGCUAAUGAGGACACUACUUCAAGGUCCUUACGGUGUCCGCUAUAAAGGGAGUUGACUAUACUUAUAUAUAUCCUUGUUUUAAGGCUUCUGAAAGGAAUAGGAAUGUGAUACUGGAUUUAAAGCCAAGCAAAGUUGAGGCCAAAGCAAAUGGACCGCCUCCAGUUAUUCACAAACAGGUAUAAAAAUUUUCUGUUUUCGGCUCAAACUUAAGAUAGCAGGUUAACAACACCACUUUCGCUAAAAAUGACUUAUCAACAUUUUUGUGGACUAUCCUUUGUUUUGAAAUGUUGCUGUCAUUCGAGCCUGCAGACUGAAUGUACAUUGCAGUAAAUACUACCAGUUAGUUCCUUUCUUACUUUAACUGAAAGCUAUGCUCGAAAUAGUGCAUUUCCUGUAGUACCGUUGACUAUGCCGGACAAGGUAGUUGUCAGCUAUGAACCUGUGAUUAAAAUCCUAAACAGCAGUUAUUGCCUGUGGUUCUGUCUAUUAUACUGCACAAGGUGGUCCUACAUUGUGAGUCGUAGAUGUAACAUAUCGAGCAUGAGACGUAGUGUUUCAUCACCGGAUAGAACACUGAGAAGAGAGUUGAAAAUACGACGCGCAGCAGACUAUUUUGGACGAACUUCGAGGUGUUUCAUCUGGUGAUGAGACACUGCGUCACAUGCUUAAUAGGCUGAUUUAGCAGCAGAACGGGAUCGUCAGUUGACGACGGCGCGCGCAAAUCAAACAACUGGCUUGACCAAUGGCAGAGCAGCAAAUUGGGCACCGGAAGUCGUGUUUAGUCCUUUCCGCGCGCCUUCCUGUCGUCAACUGAAGUUCCCGUCCUGUUGCUAAAUCAGCCUAUUACUUCUCAAACACAAUGAUUUCAGAAGGAGAAAUUAAGGAUGCAAAAAUGAGCAGUUUUUCAUCUGAUUUCCAAUGUCUUUAUGAAUUGUUGAUGAGUUUGAGAAGGCUUCUUGAAGAUGGACGACCUAAAAAGAGCAAUUAUUAAAAGGAAUUCGUCAAAAAAUGUAUUUUUCAGCUCAGCAUCAAGUCCCCACCAAAACCACCAGUGCGAGCUGGUCCCAAGCCGACAAAACAAGGCUUCUUAGAUAAACUCAGCGGAGGCAAACAUAAAGCUCCAAAAUGGGACAACAGAUACUUUGAGCUGACAGAAACGGGAUAUCUGUACUACUACAAGAAACCCGACGGCGGGAAACCGAUUAACUCGAUCUAUUUAAGAGGGUGUCCAGUAGAAAUCGAUCAAAAUGACUCCUGUAUCAUCAUCGUGAAAUCCGAUGAGAGAGAUUGGAACCUAAAAGCGGUAAAUCCUGGCGAAGCGAGUGCAUGGAAGGACGCCUUGUCAUUUUACACCGACAAACAGAACUGAAAAAAAAAAAAAAGAUCAUCUCGGCAUGGCCAGGAGUCUGAAUUCGACUUACAGAGGUUGUCGUCCAGAAUGUGAGCAGAUGGUCCUUCUCUUCUUUAGUGAGAACAUGUAUAAUUUAUGUACAUAAUUAUAGUAAUUAAUUUAAUUUAUGUACAAAAUUAUAUUAAUUGAUAUAAUUUAUGCACAUGGUUGUAUUGAUAAAGGAAGGUAGGGGCUUCACCCUCGUUCCCCGCCGUGCGCACUCAUGGAGCGCCAAAGAAUACAGGAAAGAGAGCAACUAAGCGCUGUUUAAACUCGCCACAGCUUUCUCACUGUGCAAAAUAACGCUAAGAAGAUGAUUCCCUUUUGAAACAAGGUACUUCCAAAGAAGGUAACAAAGGAUGUUUAGUUCCAACUAUACGAAAUAAAUUAAAGAUGGAUGUAAUCGUAUUUAUUUUUGACUAGUGAUUUGAUUUAGUAUAUAUAGUAAGUGGUAACGUACUUUAAGCUGUGGAUAAUUGAUGAGAUUCUGCCAAACGUAUUAAUCAUAUUUGCC